GAGAGAGAGAGAGCGAGAGAGAGAGAGCGAGAGAGAGAGGAGCGGGAAGGGGGCUGGUUGGUUCGCUCUUGACGCGAGGAAGUGCAAAACAGCAGUUGCUUUAGGAAGUCAAUCGCUGGGGCUGGGGGACGCGUGCGCAGUGGAGACCCUGCCAGCCAGUAUUUUUUUUCUUCUUCAAAGCUUGCUUUCCAAUUCUCUCUUAGCCUCCUUCCCUCCCCCCCUCCCUUUCCUCAAAGGGUGUCGAUUCUGGAGCUUUAAAAUAAGAGGCGAGGAAGAAGCAGCCCGGGGGGGUUGGAAGGCAAGCAAGGCAGGAAGGCACGGAUGUGUUCCAGCCGGCGGGGGGAGGCUGCAGGGGCCUCGGAUGCACAGAACGUGAGUAACCCCCACUCUCCUUUUUUUUUUUUUGCAAAAAAUAUAUAUUCUCUUAUCUACGGAAAGACAGACCAGCAUCCACUCUCCCUGGUCCUCGGCGCGGGUGCAAAAGGGAAGCGAUCGGGCCGGGGGUGGGGGGCAGAGGAGGGGGGUGUUUCCUUGGAGGAGGGGAGGGAAAGAGCGGGAUCGGAGCAGACCUUGCAAAAGAGAGAGAGAGGAAAAGCCCCUCCGCCCCUCCCCGGUCCUCUUCCUGUCUUUGCAUCGCGUUGCAAAAAAAAAAGAGAGACGAAAAACGGCUUUCCUGAAACUGCCGCGCGGGGAAGCGAGAGAGCCUCUUUCUCCUUCCCGUCUUCAUAAAUGCAUCAAGUGUGCCACGGGGGGGGGGGGGCAGAGAGAUCCAGUUGCAAUGGACUGGGAGGAGAUGGGCAGCCGGGGGGGGGGUGGAGGGAAAGAAAUAAGCCAACACACACACAGACCCCCCAGCUGCUUCGUGCCUGCAAAUUGCUGGACUUGGGAGGGAGGCAGGAAAAGCUUCUGGAUUUGGAGUGGGGGGGGGGUGGCCGCGUCCCGUUUUGCCAAUUGAGCGAGGGUCUCUCUCCUCACACCCCGUCCGCUGGGGUGGGGGGGCACAUUACAUUUUUAAAAAAAUAACACCCGCCCUAUGGCCCUUUGCUUUUAAAAUGAAAGCCAUGUGCGGUGGUUUGCAUACGAUUUGAGAGAGAGAGAGCGAGGGAGCCUUCUCUAUGCGUGGCUUUUGCUCGGAAGGGGAUCCGGAAUGGGAGUUUGCAUCGCUUGCAACGCAUUCGGUUGCCAGCUCCGGGGUGGGGUGGGGGCUUCCCUUUUGGAAGGAGCAGCCAGGGCAGGAGGCUGGCGCGCGCCCUCCGGCUUCCUCCUCCGUGACCCGGGGAUUUGCCGGGCGUGUCGCGUGGCGAGUGCUGCCCGUCAGCCCUUGCACGAAUUGCUUGGAGCAAAUAUAAAUUAAUGCAUGCAUAUAUGUAUGUAUGUGUGUGUGUGUGCGCAUAUAUAUAUAUGCAUUUAUAUAUAUUUUAUUUAUACAUAUAUAUAUAUAUAUAUAUAUAUAUAUGUGCAUUAAAAAAAAUCAGGGUUGCGUUGGAAAGCUCCUUCAAGAGGGCGCUCCCAGCAGCCCGGCUGGGCUGCAGUCCCUUCCUAGCUUGCAUGCAUGCCUGUCUGCAUUGCAAGAGUCUUCCCCCACCCCGCCCGCUCUGCUGCAUCCUCGCCCCCCCCCCGACGGUGGAGGGAAGGGAGGCGCAGGGGCUUUCCCAUUCCAGAGUCUGCGGUGGAGGUUUCCCCUCCUCCUCCUCUUCCUCCCUGCAAAUUCUCUUUCCCUCUCUCCAAUUCCUCUCCCCCCCUUUUCAGCCCCACCCUGUAGAGCUGGUAUCCUCUGCCGGAGCAAGGGAACCCCUUUCUUUUGCAUCGGGAGAGACAGCCCGCAGCAGAGAUCUCCCCCUUUUCUACAGCAAGGAAAUAGGACAUAGAGGGUAUUCGGGUGUGGGAUUUCCCUGUCUUUUAAUUCCGGGGCUUCCCGGCGGAGAGGAAACCCGGCCUCGCCUAAGGAAGAGCUGCGUUUUGCCUGGCAUCCCCACCGCAUUACCUCCGAAAGCCCAGUUUAGUGGUGGCUCUUCUCCGGCAUCCAUGCUCUCUCUGCAUGCAGAAAUCCCCGCUGAAUCCGUGGCGGAGGCAUCCCAAGAAAUGGGGGCAGGAGAUAUUCCUUGGUGAUGGACAGCUGCCAGUCAGAAUAGACGGGCCACUGGACAGAAGGAGCCAGAGAGAUCUGCUUCAGUUACAAGGGACGUGUUUUGUUUGUUUUUUAACGGCUGCCUGCUGAAAGUACCGUGGCGAUGUACGUAAUUUUGGCCGUGCUGGGAUUCGAUCUCAUGACAGCCCUGUGAUGGAGGUCAUCCCUAGCUCCCGCGUUGCAGAUUUUGGAAAGGGGGAAAAAAAGGAGAAGCAAAGGGUGCGAAAGAACUCAAGGCUAGGGAGGGAUCUGAAGCCUGGCUUGGAUAUUUCUAUUCAUUUUAUUGCUUUUUUAUCUGACAUGGACCACCCUUUCCUCAUUCAAUCCUGUGAGGUAGUUAAGGAUGAGAAGCAGUGGCUGACCCAAGGUUACCCAUAGAGCUUUGUGACUGCGGCAGGAUUUGAACCCAGGCCCUGGUUCAGUUAUGCUGUCCUCCUGGCAGAACCCUGAGUUUCCUGCAGAAUGUUCAAUCUUUGUCAAUACCGCCCCCUCUCUGAGAGGCAGUGUGGGGUAGUGGUUAGAGUGUCGGACUAGGUCCUGGGAGGCCAGGGUUCGAAUCCCCACUUGGUCACGAAACUCACUGGGUGACCUUGGGAGCCGGUCACUCCUCGUUAGAAACUCAGAUAUAUAAGCUUAAGCGCCAAAUGACUCCUUAAACCAGGGUUAUAGUCGCCCAAACAGAACGCCUUGUUGCCAUUUUGGGGCUGGGCUGCUCAAAAAGUUGUAGGUUUCAAUGUGAGUUUUGGGUUCCUGGAAUUCGUUCUGAUUGUGCAGAUAAAAUAUAACGGGUGGAAUUCUACAGGGUGUGUUGUUAGUGUGUGAAAACAGUCACGGUUCGAAGACGCCCGGGCACGUACCUCCAGAUGGUGGAGAUGUCAGGCACCAUUCUUAGCACCUGGGCAUCUUCACUUAGUCACAGGUGGCCGAUAAGGUAAAGGUAAAGGGGACCCCUGACCAUUAGGUCCAGUGUGACCGACUCGGGGGUUGCGGCGCUCAUCUCGCUUUACUGGCCGAGGGAGCCGGCGUACAGCUUCCGGGUCAUGUGGCCAGCAUGACUAAGCCGCUUCUGGCGAACCAGAGCAGCGCACGGAAACGCCAUUUACCUUCCCGCUGGAGCGGUACCUAUUUAUCUACUUGCACUUUGACAUGCUUUCAAACUGCUAGGUUGGCAGGAGCAGGGACCGAGCAACGGGAGCUCACCCCGUCGCAGGGAUUCGAACCGCCAACCUUCUGAUUGGCAAGUCCUAGGCUCUGUGGUUUAACGCACAGCGCCACCCGCGUCCCGAGUGCAAAAUGCGCCUGGCAAAUUUUGAAAUGCUGAAGUCGCUGCCUCUCAGCCUAACCUACCUCGCAGGCCUGUUGUAGGGAUUAAAUGAGUAGGGAUAGAAGCAUGUUUGCCACCAUGAACUCCUUGGCAGGAAAACGUGAGGUGCAAAUGCAAUUAACAACAAAUAUCUCCAGUUAAAGACGAGGAAACGUCUUUUUCUACCAGUCAGAGAUCUCUGGUCUCUGCCUAAGGCGUCCUUCUGUUUUUCUGUAACUUUUUUUUUGUUGAAUUCAGGAGGAAUUGGUGGAAAUGGGUGCAGCGUGAACCUCCAAGCGCCUGUGUGAAUUGCGAUUUGUCUCGUCCAGCGCACUUUGGGGAUAUCUUAAGCCCAGUGGCUGUACCUUUCGAUCUGGAUUGGGGGACCGUUAAGAUUGCAAAAACAACGGCGGUGGCUCCCUCCGUUUGUUUUGCUUUCCUGGCACGGGCGACGCGCAGCUGUGGUUUUGCAAAACGAAGAAACGUCAAAAUGGGAAAGAUGCGAGAGUCAAUUAAAAGAUCAUUUAUAAAACCACAAAUUUAGAAAAAGGACUCCCACACUCGCUGCUUGGAGCCUAAGCUGUUCUCAGCUAGUGCCAAUGAAGUAGAAGGCAGCAGCACAAUUUGCCAGCCAGGUGGGGGCGGGCAGGUGGUGUCUGCCCCCCAGCAGGGGACCUGAGCGACAUGCAGGUGUCUCUGUGCAUGCCCAGCACCCAAAUGUGGAAGGGAACCCCAGAGGGCAUGGCAAGACCGCUUGAGAAACAAAUACCCAUCUAGCCCACCCUCUCAGAUUGGCUCCUGCGGGUCUCUCAUUCUCCAGACUAUCUUCCUCAACGUGGCAGCACCCAGAUAUUUUGUACUACAGCUGCCAGUAGCAUUAGCCAUUUGCACUCCAAAACACCUGGGAGGGGUGCGUGCUAUUUUGCAUUUGCAUGAAUUAAGUCUUUUUCGCGUGGCAGAACUUUGGAACUCCCUGCCUGUUGAUACCAAGGUGGGCGCCUUCACUGUACUUUUCUCGGCUGCUGCUACAAACAUUUUUGUGUGCGCAAGCCUCUCGGGGAAUUUAGAAAGUUGUUGCGAGUUUUAAUCUGUUUUUAGUUUACUGUUAUUUCAACGUGUCAAAAGUCUUAAAUGUAUUGUUGCCGGUUCUUCUUAUUAGUGAUUUUAUUUGUUUUAACUUAUUUCGCAAACUGCUUUGAGGUUUUGUUUUGUUUUGUUUUUUGCAAUCAAGCAGUCAAUCAGUGUUACGAAAUAAAUAAAAAUAAAUCGAUUAUGGGGAGAUGCUUGAUGCUGACCCGUUUAGCUAAGUAUGGUCCACACUCCACUGGCUAGCAAGGCUUUACAGGAUUGCAGCAGGAGUCUUUCCCCAGCUAACAAAAUGAAUUUCAACGGGGACAAAUGUCAGGUUCUGCACUUAGGCAGGAAGAACCAGCUGCACAAAUAUAAGAUGGGGGACACCUGGCUUGCUGGUAGUACAUGUGAAAAGGAUCUAGGGGUCUUGGUGGACCACAAGCUGAACAUGAGUCAACAGUAUGAUGCUUUAUUUUGGUAAAGGUAAAGGACCCCUGACAGUUAAGGCCAGUCGCGAACAACUCUGGGGUUGCGGUGCUCCUCUCCAUUUACAGGCCGAGGGGCCCGGCGUUUGUCCGCAGACAGCUUCUGGGUCAUGUGGCCAGCAUGACAGCCGCUGCUGGCGAAACCAGAGCAGUGCACAGAAACGCCAUUUACCUUCCCGCCGGAGCGGUACCUGUUUAUCUACUUGCACUUUUGACGUGCUUUCGAACUGCUAGGUUGGCAGGAGCAGGGACUGAGCAACGGGAGCUCACCCCGUCACGGGGAUUCGAACCGCCAACCUUCUGAUCGGCAAGCCCAAGAGGCUCAGUGGUUUAGACCACAGCGCCACCCACGUCCUGCAUUGUUUUGAGCGAUGAGCUAAUUUUGUUUUUGAGAGAGAGAGGAUUCCCUUCUUUUCUUUUGAGAGAAAAGUUGUUUCGGUGCAGGAUUGUUUAAAAGGCAGGUCCCUGCCCUAGAGAGCCUACAAUUGAAGACCCCGCUUUGGGGAGCCUAAAGGGAAGGGGAGCGAAGGAGAGAAAGGUGAAUGGGAAAGAUAGGUAUCCUGUUCAUUUACACGUACCAAGGGUUCGUUUCUGUAAUGCAGAGGUGGAGCAUUUUUCAUUCUGCCCUGUACUCGUCACACGCAGCACCGUUUCCAUUCUGCUGCGGUUCGCCUUCUUCCAUAAACAACACUUUUUGUCUCAUUUUGUUUGCUGUGGCAAAAGUGCGUAAUUCGGAUAAGUUACGUUAUUCCACCCCAUUCAUUUGCAAAAGCAGGUGGGAGGCGAACGUGACUGUUUGCUGACUGAAAGCAACUGGGACAACAGCAAAUCCUGAUCGUAUUGGCCAGGUGGAUUUCUGCUCUGGACAUGGGACGGGUAUGCCGGCUAUGGCAGAUUGCACCCCUGUUUCCAUUUCUGUUUGAAUUCUCCAACAUGACGUCCCUAGUGAAGACUAAGGGGCUGUGCCAAAAGCUUUAUAGGAAGAGUGGCUCUUGGGAUGUAAGGAUGGAGAGACAAACUGAGGACGAGGCCUAGGACCCACGUACCUAUGGGACCACCUCUCCUGGUAUGCCCCGCGGAGGACCUUAAGGUCCACAAAUGACAACACAUUGGAGGUCCCAGGUCGCAAGGUGGUUAGAUUGGUCUCAACUAGGGCCAGGGCCUUUUCAGUACUGGCCCCGGCUUGGUGGAACGCUCUGUCACAAGAGACUAGGGCCUUGCGGGACUUGACAUCUUUCCGCAGGGCCCGCAAGACAGAGCUGUUCCGCCUGGCCUUUGGUUUGGACUCAGUCUGACCCUUAUGUUUCCCUCCCCUUAUGGUUUUGAACUAUGGGCUACUUUUAAAAUGAGGUUGCAUUUUAAAUUGCAUUUUAACCUGUAUUUUAAUUUUUUUCCCCUAUUAAGUUUUUAUUGUAAUUUUACCGGUGUUAGCCGCCCUGAGCCCGGCUCUGGCCGGGGAGGACGGGGUAUAAAUACAGUGGUGCCCUGCAAGACGAAUGCCUCGCAAGACGGAAAACCCGCUAGACGAAAGGGUUUUCCGUUUUGGAGGUGCUUCGCUAAACGAAUUUCCUAUGGGCUUGCUUCGCAAGACGAAAAUGUCUUGCGAGUUCCUGCGGGGUUUUUUUCCUUCCCCCCCCCUUUUUCCCAAGCCGCUAAGCCGCUUAACAGCUGAUUUCUAAGCCGCUUAUCAGCUGAUCCUCUAAGCCGCUUAACAGCUGAUCCGUUAAGCCACUAAGCCGCUUAUCAGCUAAGCCGCUUAACAGCUGAUCGCUAAGCCGCUUAUCAGCUGAUCCGCUAAGCCGCUUAACAGCUGAUCCGUUAAGCCGCUAAUAGCGCUAAUCCGCUAAACCGCUAAUAGGCUUGCUUCGCAAGACGAAGAGACUCGCGGAACGGAUUCUUUUCGUCUUGCGAGGCACCACUGUAAAAAUUUUUAUUAUUAUUAUUAGAAUUAGAAUUAAGGAUAAGGGGACAUGAAGCCAGUGUAGGGGUUCAGUAAGAUGUAGGGGUGCAACCUUUAUGUGAGCUACACAAAGGGCUGCAGCACAGUGGUUAAUGCAACUGGUAUUCAGAAACAUUGCUGCUUUCAUCAAUACCAUAAUCAUCAUUAAUUUAAUUUGUUUACCCCCUCCGUCCAAAGAUCACUGGGCAGUUCACAACAUAAAAGUACAAAAGGAAAAGUACAAAAGGAUGAACUGAAAAAGGUAUUUAAAUAUACCUUCUUGAAGAAACCAGAGGCCUUUCUUCUGGGCAUUGUCGGCCAAUUGGUGCCAAAGAAGGACAGGACUUUUUUUAUGUAUGCUACAACAGCAGCAAGAAUACUCAUUGCAAAGUAUUGGAAGACACAAGAUCUACCCACUUUGGAAGAAUGGCAGAUGAAGAUGAUGGACUAUAUGGAAUUGGCAGAAAUGACUGGCAGAAUCCGAGACCAGGGAGAAGAGUCGGUGGAAGAAGAUUGGAAGAAAUUUAAAGACUAUUUACAGAAAUAUUGUAAAAUUAAUGAAUGAUAGAAUGAUGUUGGAUAGUAAUUAAGCGGUUUCCAGCUGUAAUGUUCUAAGAGAGUAUGAAAAAAAGGUUAUAAAUGGGUUAAAAUCUAAUGGUAAGGAUUUGCUGAACCAAUAAAUUGAAGUGGAAUACAAAAAAGGGAGGUACGAGGAGGUCCGGGAAACAAGCUAAAGGAAAAUAAGUAAUAGAAAAUAUGUGUGUUUUUAACUGUUUUUAUUUUGUCUUUUUCUUUUUCAUUUUCACUGUAAUAUUUCAAAAAACCUUAAUAAAUAUCUUAUAAUAAAAAAAAAGGAAAAGUACAAAAGGAAAACCCAGGAUAGCUCAGUCUGUAGAGCAAGAGACUCUUAAACUCAAGGACAUGGGUUCGAUCCCCGCCCUGGGCAAAAGAUUCCCUUCCAAAUCUGCAAGUGUGUCUAUAAAGCACAAAACACAUUGGCGGUUGAAUCUUCAUACUACGCUUAAGUAAAGCAUUGCCUUAAUAAUAAUAAUUAUUUAUUAUUUAUACCCCGCCCAUCUGGCUGGGUUUCCCCAGCCACUCUGGGCAGCUUCCAACACAAUAUUAAAAUAAAGUAAUGCAUCAAAAAGAAUUUCAUUCAUUCAAAGAACGUAAACGUAACCAUUCUGCCCCUGCCAGUGCUCACCCAAAUUUUCCUAUUUCCCCCCCCCCCCCUUAGUUGGGAAAAUUGAGGGAGAAAGGCCUGGGGGAUGGGGUGGGAUCUGCUUUCCCCCUCCCUCCAGUUUCCUGGGCUCACAGACUUCUAGGUGGAAGAGGUGAAUUGGCUCCUGCUAGAUAAGGACGACUAGCUGAAACCUUGCAGAAAUACUGGAAAGCAUUUUUCGGUGCAUACGGCGAUGGGAAGAAGCACAUUCCCCAAAACGUGCCACAGUGGCUCCUGUCAGGGUCACUGCAGCCUGUAGAUGUUGUACGAUUGGGGGUGAAGGUGGGUCUCCUCUAGGGAACCGUCAACCUGUCUGGGAAGGAAACAGUUUUCCUUAAGCAGCUCUGCAGAGCCUUCCAAGAGACCUUGGCAGACGUCAGGUUGUUUAAAGAGGCCGCUGGCAGAUUCUGAUGUUUGGCUACUCUUCAUUUCCCCUCCAGACUCAGUAUCGUAUCCACACACACCAAAACAGACCAGAUCUCCUUGUUUUCGGACACCUAGGGUUCCUUGAACUCUGCUGGCCAGAUGGCAUUGGUCUGGAGUUCCCCUUGUGCUUGAAAAAUUUACUUUACAGUGGUACCUUGGUUCUCAUACUUAAUCCGUUCCAAAACCAAAGCGUUCCAAAACCAAGCCAUGCUUUGAAAAAGUAAUGCAAAACGGAUUAAUCCGUUCCACACUUUAAAAAACAACCCCUAAAAUGGCAAUUUAACAUGGAUUAUACUAUCUAAUGAGACCAUUGAGCCAUAAAAUGAAAGCAAUAAUCAAUGCACUGUACUAUAAAAUAAAUAAAACAGUAUUGUGGAGGAUAAAAUUUUUAAAAAUUCUUACCUGCACUGAUGAUAGUCAUUGUUUGGAUGGGGGGGCUUUUAUCCAUUUCUGCAGUCAAUCAAUCAGCCAGUAGCUGAACUGGGAUCCACACAGUAACGAAAACAAAUUAACUGAAAAAGCCUCAAAACAAAAAACGCAAAAUAAAUAGCAAAAACGAAAGCACCAAAUAUAAGCUCCAAAUAUCACCUUAGAACACUGCAAUCGGAAAAGGAAGGCUUGAAUUACAAUGGGGGGAACGAUGCAAAUUAGCAGUGCAACAGGAAACACAGGGGGACUCAAAACAGAGCACGUUCGGUGUCCCAAAAAAAGUUUGAAAACCGGAAUACCUACUUCCCGUUUUGCAGCGUUCGGGUUCCAAGUUGAUCGUGAACUAAGCUGUUCAAAAACCAAGGUACCACUGUAUUUGUCUGUUUGGCAUCUGUCUGUCUUGGGAGAGACAGUGGAAGAGCGUGCCGUCAGGGGUGAAGUCCAGCCGUUGGGGAGUUGCAGCGCCUGCUGUGGCUGUAGAGACUGAUAGGGGAGAGACAUGUUUCGUUGCAGCUGGAGCAGAGGAAGGUGUCUUGCUGGGCUGCUGCAGAUGCACCACGGUGUUUCUUUUAUAUUUAUUGCUUUUAUAUUCCACUUUUUCCCCCUCCAAGGAGCACACACGGUUCUCCCUCUCCUCAUUUAAUUCCCACAAAGAUCCUGUGAGGUAGGUUAGGCUGAGAGGCAGCAACUAAACCGAAGUCACAUGUUGAGCUUCGUGGCCAAGUGGGGAUUUGAACCCAGGUCCCAGUUUGACACACUAACCACUUUGCCACACUGUCUCACUGCCGUGAUGUUUGUAACAAGCUCCAUCCUGUUCCAUAUACACCUGUCUGAUCACCUGAAGAAGCCUUCCUGGUUGUUCCACAGUUAAUUCACUUUCAUAUAAUUUCUUUGUGACGUGAGGCUUUUAGCAUAGUAACUUGAGGUCCAGCGCCGAGGGCCUUCUGGCAGUUCCCUCAUUGCGAGAAGUAAGGUUACAGGGAACCAGGCCGAGGUCCUUCUCGGUAGUGGUGCCCUUCAGAUGUCAAGGAAAUAAACAACUAUCUGACUUUUAGAAGACAUCUGAAGGCAGCCCUGUCUAGGGGAGUUUUUAAUGUUUGAUGUUUUAUCAUGUUUUUAAUAUUCUGUUGGGAGCCGCCCAGAGUGGCUGGGGAAACCCAACCAGAUGGGUGGGGUAUAAAUUUUUUAUUAUUAUUAUUAUUAUUAUUAUUAUUAUUGAGUAGUGUUCCUAUUAAAAUCAGACAGGCACCUACAAUUCUGGUUGUUUGUCGUCUGCUGAAAAAUUAUUUGUUUUGCCAAGCGUUUUUGGAGAAUUAAUUUGAUAGUUUGUCAUUUGUUCUGUAUUUUAUGAUCUUAUAAUUUUUCUCAGAUAUAUAUAUAUAUACACACACACACACAUACGGUGGUACCUCCGGUUAAGUACUUAAUUCGUUCCGGAGGUCCAUUCUUAACCUGAAACUGUUCUUAACCUGAAGCACCACUUUAGCUAAUGGGGCCUCCUGCUGCCGCCGCGCCGCCAGAGCACGAUUUCUGUUCUCAUCCUGAAGCAAAGUUCUUAACCUGAAGCACUAUUUCUGGGUUAGCAGAGUCUGUAACCUGAAGCGUAUGUAACCUGAAGCGCCUGUAGCCCGAGGUACCACUGCGCAUAUAUAUAUAUAUAUAUAUAUAUAUACACACACACACACACACACACACACACACACACAUAUCUAUCUUAGAGUGCUUGCAAAGGAUAUAAGGAAAUAUUUGUCUCUCUUGGAUGGUUUUGUCUGCCUGUGAAAGUGAUCCGCCAAAUAUUAGGAGAGAGCAUCCUCUUGUCUGGUCAACUUUUCGGCCUCUGGGCAGUCUCAAAAAAUGUAAUAAAAAUAAAAAAGAGGUUGUAACCAGAGACUUGAAAGGGAUUUGCUGUCCCACUCUCAACUCUUUCUGCUGUUUUUCCUUACUUGUGUUCCCAAGGCAUUUUCAGGCGCAUAACUAGGAGAAGUCCGAAGGCAUGCGUUCACAAAAUGGGAACAGGCAAGACUGCAAUCUUGAAAUCUUGUCUCCUCCUUGAUAGCCAAAGUGGAAAUUCCAUGCACAGGGGUUGUGUCUCGCUGAAUGGCACAAAAUUUGGGGGCAAGGCUGGUUGUGUGGUUUCUCGUCUCCCUUUUUUUCCUCUGGGGCGUUUCGCUGGCAGCUGUUGGAAGCAAAGAGCCCUGGUCAAAACAGAAACGGUCAGCGAGGCAAUUUUCACGAUUGUGCAUGUGGAAAACGUGGGGAGCCAAAGUGCGGCACUGUGUACACAAAGCACCGCAGUUGUGAGAGCGAAAGAGGAAAUGUGUGCUGUGCUAUUGAAUCAGUACCUUAGGAAGGUGUGGACCGAUGGAGAAAGAUGAGAAAUUAGGACGUGUUGAAUGUUCCAAUUUUCCAAGAACGAGGUGUGCUAAAAAGUUGUGACAUGACCUUGGAAUUCAAAAGAUACUUUGGUUAAGUUAACAUAAUUUAGUUUUGCUUGGUAAGUAACGCAUUCACUCAAAUGUAACGUGCACCCUUUUUGGGCCAAAUUACGUCACAAAAAUCCGGGUGCGCCAUUAGAUUUGAUUGUGCAUUUACAUUCACCAGCAAAAAAAAAUUGGUUUUGAAAAUUGAGGUGCGCCUUAGAUUUGCUGGUGCAUCAGAUUCGCGUAAAUACGGUAAAAUGUGUGCAAAGUGGCAUAGAAAUCAUUAGAAAUGUUUGCCAAGUACUUGCAGUUAAAUUAUAUAUUGCUUUUGUUUUUAUUUUCUUCGGUUAUUAAGCAUUGCCUGACAUUUUCGGAAGGUAAAAUUAAAUUCUUUGUUUUUCCGAAAGCAGUUUCUGUGCUUACAGAAUCCUAGAAUUGGAAAGAGACCAUGAGAGCCAUCUAGUCCAACCCAUUGCAAUGCAGGAAUCUUUUGCCCAGCAUGGGACUCGAACCCACAACCAACCCUGAGGUUAAGAGUCUCAUGCUCUACCAACUGAUGAUUAUAUUAAAAUUAUUAGAUGCCAAACUUUCGGAGCUGGCAUCAAAUUCUCCCAGCCUCUCCAAGUCCAUUGCUGGUGUAGAAUUGGGAACAACUUUAAAGAAAAUAAUAAUCUCCAAGCAUGUCGAUGGAGCAUUAUUUUUAGCGCUUUGCAUAAUUUAUAUUGCAUGCUGAAUUUAGACUUCUUUCUGGCACGUUAGGGCACCUUGGCAGAAAGUGCAUGAGCAACCGUCUCCUUGCAACAGAUAAAUGCCCUUUGGCUCUCACAUCCUUUCCUGUCUCUCAGCAAAGCCUUUCCACUGCACUGCUCAGGAAUGCUUUUCAAAAGGGGGGUUAGGAAACACAUUCCAUUUUGUCUAAGGGAAAUGCUGAUUAAAUAGCUAUUGACUCUUCUUAAGCUGUCUUUGAUGGAGCUUUAAGUAGUGAUUAAUAGGUGCUUAUCUGCCCCUGCGUUGUCCGAACCUCUAUAAAUAUGCUUUUUGUGCAACAGUACUUGGCCGAUGUAAAUCUUAAGGCCCGGAAGGAUUAUAGAGAUAUAACACUCGAGGGAGCCCUUGUAUUCUUUCGGGGAAAAAACUGAUUUUUGGGUGUUGUGGGAAGGGGACGUAUUUAUGUGCGUACCAUCCACACAGCGUAGGAGGUUAGGAACCUCUGUAAGUACAAGAAGAAACCGAAACUGAAAAAAGCAGUUGUGAAUAAUACAAACAGAAAUAAGACCAAAACCCGGCACAGAGGUUAAAACAAGCUGAAAACCAUUUUUAGCAGAAGAAGGAAGACGUUUUCUCCCUGUCUUAUAAUAGUCGAGGGCGUCCAAUGAAGCUGAAUGCUGGGAGAUUCAGGACAGAUAAAAGAAAGGGCUUUGGCCAUGCCUUGUUAGACUGUGGAACUCCCUGUCACAGUGAUGGCGUUAAAGGCAGAUUGGACAAAUUCAUGGAGGGGAAGGCUACUUUCAGGUCCACUGUUGGAGGCGGUAUGCCUUUGAAUACCAACGGCUGAGAAUCACCACUAGGAAUAGUUCUGUGACACUCAUUUAAAUCAUGAUUUAAAUCACUAGUCAGUAAGACUUGUUUUAAAUCUUUUUUUUUCUUUUUCUUUUUUUUUACAGAAAGAAUCAUUCUUGCUGGUAUAAUCUUUAUAUACACAACCAGAGGAAGUUUUCAUUUUUGGAAUAAUAAAUUUUCAGAGUAGUCUCUACAGUUAUAUCAAAAAUUGUCUAUUUAGUUACACUAUUAGAAAUACAUAGACCGAUAAUUAUGAAAUUAUUGUGAGGUUAAAUAAGCUAACUGUUUAUAUUUGGACAACUUUUCUGCUGUACUUUACUGGAAGGAGAAAAAAAUAAUCAUUUCCUUAAUCACAAUUUAAACAAUUUAUUUAACUAAAGCGAUAACAUUGUAGCAUAUGUAUCCAUGUUUGUUAACUGAUGUGGUUAAACUUUUUUUAAAAAAAACAACAAAAACUGAAGACUGUUUUAGCACACAUGAAAAACUUAAAACAAACCCUUAUUUCCUGAUGGAUAGCAUUUGGACUAUAAUGUAACCUAAACAGAAAUUAUCAUUAUUCUUCCAACACAGGUAUACACACAGACAUUUCCCACCCUUGGAUUUAUGAUAAAUGUCUCCAGACACCCUCUAAUUUUUUGUGUAUGUGUGUUCCCCACCCCAGCAGUGUUUUUGCAAGUCUGGGUGCUCUUGCUUUGCUUAAAUAGAAAACUAUCUUUAGAAAGUUUUUUCCUCCAAAAGCGUUUUAUUUUAAAAAUCCGUUUUAAAUCAAAAAUAUCCGAUUUAUUUAAAAAUCAUUGAUUUUUAUCCACCCUGCUCAGAUCCCCCCUGUAUCUGUUUGGUGUCUUCUGGGAUGCAGAGAAGGGAAACUCUGAUCCUAAACACCCACUGCCUUGCAGGAUAUCUUCAGGAGAAGAAAAACCCUAAGGAGUAAAGCCUGCACACAUCCAGAAUGGAGUCCCUAAGACAGUUGGAUGGUGCCUUGUCCACCUCCUUCCAGCGACUCCUGCAGCCAAGCUGGUGCCAAACGUCUUGCUCUGCUUUCCUUUGGACCCCGUCAGUGAGGCUGAGGGGGGGGGGGGUCCUGGGGUCUGGGCAGCCCAGGACCUCCCUGCACCCUGCCCAGGCUUGCACCCAGGGUGGUCACUUGAGUGCUACUAAUGCAGCAGUGCAAUUCAUCCCUGGAAGCGCACUCCGUUGUCUCUCAAGACAGGCAGAUGCCAUGAGAACAGGGGUCAGCAACCUUUUUCAGCCUUGGGCCGGUCCACUGUCCCUCAGAACUUCUGGGGGGCCGGACUAUAUAGUGGUACCUCUGGUUGCGAACGGGAUCCGUUCCGGAGGCCCGUUCGCAACAUGAAAAGAGCGCAACCCGCAGCGGCUCGUCUGCGCACGCGCGGGUUGCGAUUCGCCGCUCCUACGCACGCGCAUGAGGUCAUUUUGCACUUCUGCACAUGUGUGAGCGGCGAAACCCAGAAGUAACCCUUUCCGGUACUUCCAGGUCGUCGCGGGACGUAACUUAAAAGAACGUAACAUAAAGCGGACAUAACGUGAGGUAUGACUGUACAGUGGUACCUCUGGUUGCGAACGGGAUCCGUUCCAGAGGCCCGUUCGCAACAUGAAAAGCCCACAACCUGAAGCGCCGUAACAUGAGGUAUGACUGUAUUUUGAAAAAAAUAAUGAGCGAAUUCCUAUGCCCCACAAAUAACCCAGAAGUGCAUUUUAAAUAAAAGGACACAUUCUACUCAUGUAAAAACACCAGGCAGGCCCCACAAAUAACCCAGAUAUGCAUUUUAAAUAAAAGGACACAUUCUACUCAUGUCAAAACACACUGAUUCCCGGACCGUCUGUGGGCCAGAUUUAGAAGGAGAUUGGGCUGGAUCCGGCCCCCGGGCCUUAGGUUGCCUACUCCUGUGUAAGAACAACGCAGGCGACUUGAUGGCUCAAUCCAGCAGUACUUUUCUGAUGUUCUGAAUUUCGACCUGGACAUCCUCCCUGGAGACCCUUCUCCCAAGUUUCCCUGUCGGUGAUGUGAGGAGCAGUUGAUUGCUAGAGAGAAGAUCUCUUCAGCAAUGGUGGCCUGUUUGUGGAAUGCCCACUCCAAUCUGGCGUUUUAGGUGCCAGGCGAGGGUGUGGUUUUUUUAAAAAAGAGAAUUAUCCCAGGCAUUUUAAUGGGUACAGUGGUACCUCGGGUUAAGAACUUGAUUCGUUCUGGAGGUCCAUUCUUAACCUGAAACUGUUGUUUAGCUAAUGGGGCCUCCUGCUGCUGCCACGCCGCCGGAGCAUGAUUCCUGUUCUCGUCCUGAAGCAAAGUUCUUAGCCUGAGGUACUAUUUCUGGGUUAGCGGAGUCUGUAACUUGAAGCGUAUGUAACCUGAAGCGUCUGUAACCCGAGGUACCACUGUAUAGUUAUCUGGUGCUUUUUUAGAUUCUUUCACCAGAUUAACAGUACAGUGGUACCUCGGGAUCUGUUCCGGAGCCCCGUUCGCAUCCUGAACGCAACGUAAGCCGUGACGGCGCGUGUCCGCGGGCUGCGUUUUGCCGCUUCCGCUCAUGUGCGUGAUGUCAUUUUAAGCGUCAGCGCAUGCGCGAGCGGUGAAACCUGGAAGUAACGCACCCUGUUACUUCCGGGUUGCCGCGGAGCGCAACUCGAACGCGCUCAACUCAAAGCACAUUCAACCCGAGGUGUGACUGUACAGUCUUACCUCUUGUUACGUCCGCUUCAUGUUACGUUUUUUCAGGUUGCAUCCCGCGGUGACCCGGAAGGAGUUACUUCUGGGUUUCACCACUCGUGCAUGCACAGACGCUCAAAAUGACGUCGUGCGCAGAAGCGGCGAAUCGCAACCAGCACGUGUGCAGGUGCGCCACUGCGGGUUGCGUUCCUUUCAUGUUGUGAACGGGCCUCUGGAACGGAUCCCAUUCGCAACCAGAGGUACCACUGUAUACAAAGCAGCCAGCCAGAUAUUCAUAGGAAGCCUUCAAGCAGGACCUGGGGGCAACAGCCCAAUUUCCCCGUCUGUGACCUCCAGCAAUGAAUGGCAUUUAUAAUAGGCAUGGUGCCUCCAACAGCACAUAGCUAUUGGUAGCCAUGGGGAAGGAUACAAAUGCCACAGAUAAAUGGAGAAGCAGCCCUGGCAAAGCGCAUGUAAAGACUCUGUGAGGAAUGGCGUGGCAUUUUCCAAUUCCAAAGAGAAUUCGGCCGUCUUGCGGGGCACUUCCUGAGACGCAGAGCAAGACUCGUCCGAGACAGAUGGACCUGCACUUCAGAGUGGCUGAAGUGGGAGGGAAAGGAAUGCGAAUUCAAUCCCAAGGCUUAACCUUAUCUCCCCAGAAAUUUAGAAACCCCUUUCCAUAAUCCUGCAAGCAGAAAGAGAAGGCCGUCUUUAUGUACGUUAUUCCAUUUCUAUCCGCUGUUCCUCCAAGAUGGCUUACGUGUUUCUCCUCGCCGUCUUAUUUCCACAGCAACCCUGCCAGGUAGGCUCGGCUGAGAGUUGAUUGUUAUAAGAAAAAGCUGCUGCUUUAUCACUUAUGGGGUAUCCAAGAGCCCGUAUACAGUGGUGCCUCGCAAGACGAAAUUAAUCCGUUCCGCGAGUGUCUUCAUCUAGCGGUUUUUUCGUCUUGCGAAGCAACCCUAUUAGCGGCUUAGCAGAUUAGCGCUAUUAGCGGUUUAGCGGCUAUUAAAGGCUUAUCUGCUUAGCGGAUUAGCUGCUAAAAGGCUAUUAGCGGCUUAGAAAAGGGGGGGGGAGCGAAAAAAAAUCUCAAGACUCGCAAGACAUUUUCGUCUUGCGAAGCAAGCCCAUAGGGAAAUUCGUCCUGCGAAGCAACUCAAAAAUGGAAAACCCUUUCGUCUAGCGGGUUUUCCGUCUUGCGAGGCAUUUGUCUUGCAGGGCACCACUGUAUCAGAGUCCUUAUGUAGGUUCUCUAUGGGCAGGAGAAAGUAACAGAGGCCAACCAGAGAAUAUUGAGAAGCAAAGCAGCUAGCAAGCCUGAUCUUUAUUAAACUGUUGCAACAGGGUGCUCACACACAAACACACACACACACACACACACACCCCCCCGCAGGGAGGGAGGAGAGGAACCCAGAACAUUGGUGUGCAAGCUCUUAUAUAGACUUUUGAAAUUGCCUCCCCUGUAGCGCAAGACCACUCUCCAAAACAUCAUACAUACAUCACAGAAAGAGGUGGUCCCCAGCAGAAAUUUGAGUGUGCUGCUUCUCUCCUGUCUGCCAGGAUACCUGAUAAUGCCUUAUCUGAUUGUCUUUUCUGGGUAGCCUGGCCAUUCCUUGGAGAUGGUCAGUACUUAGUUCCUGAAUCUCUUGCGCAUAUUGAUAGUGUGCUCAGCUUAACAGAUACUUGCCAGACUGUAUUUACAGGGAGGUGUAAGCCCCUGCAGUCCAAAGACAAUUGGAAAGCUUUUCCCAUUUCCUUCCUCCUUGCAGAGAAAGAUUUGCGGUCAAUUUGGGAGAGUCAGAAUGGCUUCAGGAUUGUUUUCAUGUACUAUUUCAGACACGUGGUUUAUAUACUUAUGUAUGUGUUUGCCUUGUACAUUAUGAACAUUUAUUAGAUAGAUAGAUAGAUAGAUAGAUAGAUAGAUAGACAGACAGAUAGAUAGAUAGAUAGAUAUGAAUGAGAGAGCUUCAUGGACAAGUUUGGAUUUGACCCCCCGGGUUCCCAGAGCCUAUCCCAACUUUCUAGCUACUACGUCACUCUGUUACGGUGGCUUCUGUUUCUCACGUGUCUGCUGGACGGGACAUUGUGGUUUGGAAGGAGAUAGGAGCCAUAUAAGUAGUCUUUAAAAAGAUAUAUAUUUCUGCUUAAAUGCAGUGCAUUUUCUCUGUAAAUUUUACAUGGCCCACCUUUCUUGUCAAUCACAGGUUUGCCCAGGCUUGUAAACAGCUGCUGGCCCAGUGGCAAUGUCCUCUAAGCAUUCAUUGAUUAAAAAAAAACCCAUAAAAAGUUACAAAAGCAUCUUUCUCUCCCUGAUGCUUUGAAAGUCACAAAUGACUAUUUGUGGGCAGGCAGCCAGUAAGACUUUUUUUUUUUUGUAGGCUCAUCCAUACCUUGCAGACUUAUUUGCAAGGCUGAGUUUGCUAAACAGGAAGAACUACCGCUUACAAGGAAACACACAGAUGGCGUCUUUGUAAAUGCAAACGAAUCUCACUGCUAAAAAAAAUAUGAGCCACUCCCAUUACGAUUCAGUAGAAAAAUAAUCAGCUUCUGUUAGUGAAAAGGUGUCAUCUUGAUUGGUGACAAAACCGGUGGUAUCACCUAGACCCAGUGUGGUUUAGUGGUUGGAGCAGGCAGCCCCAACCUUCGGCCCUCCAGAUGGUUUGGACUACAAUUCCCAUCAUCCCUGACCUGGUCCUGUUAGCUAGGGAUCAUGGGAGUUGUAGGCCAAAACAUCUGGAGGGCCGCAGGUUGGGGAUGCCUGGGUUACAGUGUCAGGCUAGGAUCUGGGAGACCAGGGUUCAAAUCCCAACUCAGCUAUGACACUCAUUGGGUGACCUUAGUCCAGUCCCUGCCUCUCAGCCUAAUCUACAACACAGGGUUGUUGUGUGGAUGCCUUGAGGAGGAAGAGAAGAACCAUGAAUACCAUCUUGUACGCCUUGGAGAAAUGCAAUAAACAAUGCAGAUUUUAAUCAUCAUCAUCAUCAUCAUCAUCAUAAAUUAUUUAUAUCUCACCCAUCUGGCUGGGCUUCCCCAGCCACUCUGGGCAGCUUCCAACAAAAUAUUAAAAUACAGUAAUGCAUAAGACAUUAAAAACUUCCCUAAACAGGGCUGCCUUCAGAUGUCUUCUUAAAGUGUGGUAGUUGUUUUUCUCUUUGACAUCUGAUGGGAGGGCGUUCCACAGGGUGAGUGCCACUACCGGGAAGGCCCUCUGUCUGGUUCCCUGUAACUUGGCUUCUCGCAAUGAGGGAACCGCCAGAAGGCCCUCGGCGCUGGACCUCAGUGUCCGGGCUGGAUGAUGGGGGUGGAGAGGCUCCUUCAGGUAUACUGGACUGAGGCCGUUUAGGGCUUUAAAGGUCAGCACAAAGACUUUGAAUUGUGCUCGGAAACGUACUGGGAGCCAGUGUAGGUCUUUCAGGACCGGUGUUAUGUGGUCUCAGCGGCCGCUCCCGGUCACCAGUCUAGCUGCCGCAUUCUGGAUUAGUUACAGUUUCCAGGUCACCUUCAAAGGUAGCCCCACAUAGAGCGCAUUGCAGUAGUCCAAGCAGGAGAUAACCAGAGCAUGCACCACUCUGGCAAGACAGUCUGCGGGCAGAUAGGGUCUCAGCCUGCGUACCUAAUGGAGCUGGUAGACAGCUACCCUGGACACAGUGGGGUUUAACCUAACUAAGCCCUAAUCAGAGAAGUCCCAUUGAAAUUAUUGGGACUGUUAUUUUUACUAGUUGCUUUCAUUACAGAAAUGAUGCCAAGCGACUUGCAAGUCCUGUCCAUUAAUUUCAGUUGGUCUACUCUGAGUAUCCCUUGAGGAAUGGCCAGUGAAUCACUUGUAGCCCCUAUAUAUUUUCCUGCGUUACCUCUCUCUUUCCUUCUCUCUGAGGAACAUUCGGGGGGGGGGGGGCAGAAAGGGUCAGGGUUGGGGUGAAUCCCCAUUUACAUGUGUCCUGUAACGGAAUCCUGGUCUGAGUGGCUCCCACAGGGAAGCCACAGAAAGAUUGUGUUUAAGUCAAGGGUGCUGUGGACUCGAAAAGGUUGAAAACCACUGGCAGAGGCGCCGCACCCCAUCCCAGAUGCAGGGAAUGUGGAGUUAUGAUCUGGCUCAGGGAUGUGGGAAGGAUUUUGCCUUAUGCCAUCUCUGUAACCUGCACCGCUUAACCUGCAUUCUGCACCCGCUGAACCCAGCACACUCUGGAAAGGCAGCCCUGCUUUGAACUGCCUCCUCCCCCCCCAUAAUUGCAUCCUUAAAGACAGUUCCAAACUGGGGAAAGAGCACGGCUUAAAAAGCUUGUUGAAAAAGGAAUUUCCUCCGCGUGUGCUAAGAAGGCAACCGAGGCGGCCCUUGUCUUAAUAUUCCAGGGGAGGGUAAUGUGCGCAUUAUGAAUUAUGGUGCUGGAGGAGACUCUUGAGAGUCCCAUGGACUGCAAGAAGAUCCAUUCUUAAGGAAAUUAGCCCUGAGUGCUCACUGGAAGGACAGAUCCUGAAGCUGAGGCUCCAAUACUUUGGCCACCUCAUAAGAAGAGAAGACUCCCUGGAAAAGACCCUGAUGUUGGGAAAGAUGGAGGGCACAAGGAGAAGGGGACGACAGAGGACGAGAUGGUGGGACAGUGUUCUCGAAGCUACAAACAUGAGUUUGACCAAACUGCAGGAGGCAGUGGAAGACAGGAGUGCCUGGCGUGCUCUGGUCCAUGGGGUCACGAAGAGUCGGACACGACUAAACAACAACAAUCUGCGCAUUACCUGCGCAAAUGUCACUGCUGCUUCCUGUAGUAAACAUUCGUCGUAACAGAUUUCUGCAUGCAUUUCAACUUUGCUUGGCUGGCCUACCCUCUGCUUCAAAAGGAAACUGGACCACGAUUCUAUUGCCGUGUUUCUUUUCCUGAACCUUUCUAACCUAGAGCAGUGGUUCCCAAAUCGUUUUUUGCUCCUUUGGUUCCUUAAACUCCUUCCCAGCGCCCCCACCCUAUAAAUAGGUAAAGGCUAAAGGAACCCCUGACCAUUAGGUCCAGUCAUGACCGACUCUGGGGUUGCGGUGCUCAUCUCGCUUUAUUGGCCGAGGGAGCUGGCGUACAGCUUCGGGGUCAUGUGGCCAGCAUGACUAAGCUGCUUCUGGCGAACCAGAGCAGCGCACGGAAACGCCGUUUACCUUCCCGCCGGAGCGGUACCGAUUUAUCUACUUGCACUUUGACAUGCUUUUGAACUGCUAGGUUGGCAGGAGCUGGGACUGAGCAACGGGAGCUCACCUUGUCGUGGGGAUUUGAACCGCCGACCUUCUGAUUGACAAGUUCUAGGCUCUGGUUUAACCCACAGCGCCACCCGCGUCCCUUACCCUAUAAAUAGCUUUAUUCAAAAUAGUGGUUUGCACUGCCCACUCAGGAAGAUAACGGCACAGUGAAAUUCAAAGCAGGAACAAUUAAUUGCACAUUUAUUUCAAAUCCAAUUAAAGCUAUUUAGUUUAAUGAGUUUGGCAAAACGGAUGCUCUUGAUGCUGUGAUACCAGCUUUUCGAAGGGGCAAAGUGAUCUGGAGCUUCUCAGAAUUUGUUCAGAAGUAAGCUGAAUGCUCUUGGGCACUCUUAGCAGACAACAAUAAGAUCCACCUUGGCCACAGGGGUGCUUUCAAAGAGAUCCUCAAAAUUAUUUUCUCCACAAUUUCUGACACCCGCCUUUCCCCCCUGUGGGGCUGGGCUUCUCUCAUGUGGCGGUGACUCUCAGAUCAGGAUGUGAAUAAGUGAGCUCUGCUUCAAGGUCUCAACUGUGCGAAGGUCAGUGAGGAACUGGGCAGUCAGUCAAUCGGUCAGUUGGCCACUGGCUCUUCUGCCUCUAUAGAGCAGCUUGAUGCAUCGACAUAACUGGAUCGCCUUUCUGUGAACACCUGGGAGAAGAGAUGAGCUUAAUACUGUCUUGUUGGAGACACAUUCCAUAGGGCAGGUGCUACCAUACCAAAGGCCCAGAGCAGGCAUAGACAAACUCCGGCCCUCCAGAUGUUUGGGACUACAAUUCCCAUCAUCCACUGGUCCUGUCAGCUAGGGAUGAUGGGAAUUGUAGUCCCAAACAUCUGGAGGGCCAGAGUUUGCCUAUGCCUGCUCCAGUGCAAACAACUCUACUAAGAGCAUCUCUCCGGAGGGAAUGAAGUGACCAGGCAGGGGUAUACAUGGUUAGGGGUCCCUGGAGAUAACCUAGGACGCAGGUAAAGAUAAAGGACCCCUGACCAUUAAGUCCAGUCGUGAACGACUCUGGGGUUGCAGCGCUCAUCUCGCUUUAUUGGCUGAGGGAGCCGGCGUACAGCUUCCGGGUCAUGUGGCCAGCAUGACUAAGCCACUUCUGGUGAACCAGAGCAGCGCACAGAAACACCGUUUACCUUCCCGCUGGAGCGGUACCUAUUUAUCUACUUGCACUUUGAUGUGCUUUCAGACUGCUAGAUUGGCAGGAGCAGGGACCGAACAACGGGAGCUCACCCCGUUGUGGGGAUUCAAACUGCCAACCUUCCAAUCGGCAAGCCCAAGGCUCAGUGUUUUACACCACAGCACCACCCGCGUCCCUAAGGACGCAGCUACACAGCUGCAAAAAAAACCAUUUUAAAUGUGUUGUAAAGUGCAAUAUACAAAUGUGACACUAGAUGGCAACAGUGAGCUAUGCAAAAUACAAUGUAUUUUUCAAAACUUUUUUUUUUAAAUGCAUUUUUACAGAGUUUUUAAUAUGCGUGUAGAUUCCAUCCUAGUCCCAUAUUGUCCAGAGUUGUUGUAGCUCCUGCCCAGAGAAAUAUCAUGCAUGGAGCUGUCUGCAGAACCCAAGUUGGGAUAUAUACCCCUGCUGAUGGCAGUAUGCAGUGCAUAGAAAUGGUAUGGAUUUAAACUGGAUUUCAAAGGGGCUUUGGAGACAGCAAAGAAGCCACAUAGAAGUUGUGAUUUGGAAAGCAGAGAGAAGCUGGUUCUGAAGCAACUUGCAUUUUGAAACCCGACCAAAAAAAGGGUGUUUUUUAUUUAUCAUGGCAGUUAUUUGACUCCAUUCAUUAGUCAAGAGUAUAUUGGAGGGACAUAGCUUAUUUGGCAAUGAGAGCUGUAGUGGAAAUGUAUAAUUAGUUAGUGGGUUUCACCUGAUUUUCAUAUUUAAUCACAGCCAAGACUCUUUAUAAAGCAAUUCUCUCAACCUCUUUGCUCCUUCUCCAGCUCAAGGGAUUACACCCAUUCAUAAUGGCCCCAAACUGUAAGAGCUCGUAUCUUUAGCUAGUGGAAAACAUAUUCUGCACAGCAUCGGCCCAUAUUUUCUGUGUUUUGUUGGAAUGUUGUGGGGGCUGUGUAGCCUUGAUCCUAUGCAGAAGUGAGUGGGGCCGGUGGGGCUUACUUGAAAGAACCUGUUCACAGAAUUGCCCUGAAACUGUGUGGGAUUGAGGUUAAAAUCAGCAACACAUUUACAGAAAACUAUUUGGUGUAACUUGCUUUUGUUUAAGUACCCUUGCUGUGUCAUUUGGCUACGCUGAAAUUAUUCUUAAUUUCAUUUAUGAAUCCCUUCCUUUGAAGCAUCUCAAUUGAUACAAUACAAUACUAUACAAUCCAAACCACAUACAUUGCAUAUGUUAAAAAAAAAUAGUUUGAGCAAUUAACAUAUAUGAAAAGAGUUCAUAAAGCAGUUUCAGAUACAUUCAGAUAACAGCUGGGGCAUACAUAGUGCUUAGUUCAUAGCUUUGGAGUUUGUGAUUCCCAGUCUGAAAAAUGAAAUCUUGUGCAAGAUAGUGAGUGGUAUGAUGCAGGCUUGCAUUUAGCUACUAGCCUGGUACCCACAGGUAGGCAUGCCAUGCAGGUGAAUGAAAGCCUUCUGGGGGAAAGAGAACUAGGCACCUGGAAGCAGACUACUCAAACCUUCAUUGGAAGAGAGUUCCAGUGUUUGGGUGAUGCCCAGGAGAAGGCCCCUUUCCCCACAGAGGCUAAGCCAAGCUUUUUGUUGGAUGGAGUCUGUAGGUCAGGCAUGUCCAAAGUCCGUUUCGGGGGCCUAAUCCGGUCUGCUGGUCGGUUUAAUCCGGCCCCUGUGGUGGCAGUUUAUUUCCUGGGGUAAAAUCCCAAAAAAACCUCAGCAACUUCAAUCCUAAAAAGAAACUCAACAAUUUUGGGGUAAAAUCCUAAAAAAAGCUCAACUUCAAUCCUAAGAAAAGGUCAGAGGUCAACAACUGUGGUUGGCCCCCACGGCCCUUCACUUCCAUCAAAUCUGGCCCUCUUUGAAGAAAGUUUGGACACCGCCGCUGUAGGUGAACCUCCCCAAGAGCUGGAAGGGAGGGCAGGUUCAUAAUGGGACUACAGAUAAUUAGGACCCAAGUUGUUUUAGGAUUUAGAGAUCAGACACAGUGCAGGGAUGUCCAACCUGUAGAUCGCGAUCUACUUGUAGAUCACCGGGGUGCUUCAGGUAGAUCGCGGGACGAUAGGAAGUGAUCACUGAGAAACAGCUUUGCCCCCCCCCCCCCAAAAGCUAAACAACCCUUGGCAAAUCUCCCCUCGUUUAGUUGCCACCUUUGGUAGAUCACUGUCAGUUUUUUCAUAUUGGGAGUAGAUCACAGUCUCUUGGGAGUUGGACGGGUCUGGACAUAGGCAAGGGAUGUUUUGCAUGCAGAAGGUGUCUGGAUCAUUCCCAGGUAGGACUGGAAAUGUCCCCUCCUUGAAAAACUGGAGAGAUGCUACUAGCCUGGGUCAGCAAUGCUGAGCCAUCUGGGCCAGUGGUCUGACUCUAUAAGCAGCUCCCUGUUUUCCUGUGUUCACAUCACUUGGCAAGCCGUUUGCCUCAUUCUGCACCAGCUACAAGUUCCAGACAUUUCGCCCCAAAGGCAGGCUCCGCAUAGAAUGCCUCUCAGUCGGCCGAUCUGGAAGUUGCAUGGUCUGAAUGAGAACAGCCUGGUCUCUGUCUUCCUGUGGCACUCAAAGCAGGCAUGGCAGCCAACGCUGAUAAAAUGCCAUAAGCUGCCACCUGGGAUUCCAAGAGCUCAGCCACAUUGCUUAGGCCAGCAGAUCCAGAUCUUUUGCAACGUAAUUUUUUAACCAGCUUUGGCGAUUAGGUUAAAGCAUAGUUGCAAAAAAAUGCUUAUUUUUGCAGUAUUUUAAAACCAGUUGGUGAUUAGAUGGAUGCACCUCCAUAUUUGCAAAAAAAUAAAUAAAAUGCUUAUUUUUUGCCAUAUUUUUGCUGAAGAGUUUUGCGGCGCAGCAAGAGAACGUAACACGGAACGCUUUCUCUCUCUCUCUUGUUCCAUACCCCGCCGUUCUGUGUCCCCUCCACACCCUUUCUCGUUUUCUCAACCACUUCCUCUCUUCAUUCUCUGCGCGGCCACCAGCUUUUCCUGUCUCUAGGAAGCCUUCACAAGAGAUGGCCGGGGCUUUCCCAAAAAAGGGGCUUUAGCGUUGCAUUUAGAUUAUGCCAUUUCCUUUGCCACUCCCUUUCCUGUGAAGUAACAAGACAUUCACUUCCCCUCUCCUCCUUUUUUUUCCUUUUUGUUCUAUCACCCCUCGAGUCUAUCUAUCUGCCUUUUUUCCCCCCUUCCUUUUUUGCAAAAUGUGUUGUGCCGUUCCCUGCAAGUAGACAUCAGUCUGCUUGGAGAGACCUCAGGAUGGCUAGAUGGAAUCCUGCCAGCCACGGAACAGGUAAGGGAACCUGUACUAACCUGGAACCUUUUCCCCAUGCUCUCACGGCUGUCUUCUUCUGGCUUUGGGCAAGAUAGCCUUUCGCAAUGGGGUGGUGUCUCUGCAACUGCCCAGCCCCAGCAGCUUUGGCAAACAGAAUCCACUUGUCCACAGUGUCUGGGCUUUUUUGGUUUUUAACCACCUGUCCACAACUUCAUGUGUCAGUUGUCGGAGGGGGGAAAGAACCAGCUCCCCCCCCCCCCCCCGUUUGCAAAAGCUUCCUUGCAGGGAGGCAGUUCUUACAAACUGGGGGCAGAUAAAUGUCUACCUGUCUGCCUCAUUUAAGGGCCUUCCUGUCAAAACCAUAUUCUAAAUACUUCAGUGCUAUGCUGUAGUUCAUUCCCGAAUGAUUUCCCUUAAUGCACAUUUGUAUUCCGGUGUCUUCAUAACUAGGGGAAUUUCUGCUUACUCAGAAGCUUGGCGUUUCGGGAAUAUUUGUGCUCAGAGCUGGAAAAAAUAUUUCAUAUCCUAUUUUACGCUGGUGUGACCCGUCCUAGUCUCAAUGCUUUCUGCUUGUUCUCUUCCAUUUUCCUCUUCAUAUCCCCCCCACCUCUUUUUCCUCCCAUGCCUUUGUUCUGCUCACUUUACCAGACUUCUUUUUAGCUGCUUCUGCCACCUCCGUUUCUCUCCUCCCUGCCGGCUGCCAACCUCCUCUUUCGGGGAUCAUAAAUGCAUAGAUGUUUAAGUGGAUUAUCAUAUUGAUGCUUCGGUUCAAGCUUAUGCGCCGCAUCUCGGUCGGCGCAUAGAAAUAAGCCCUCUUUGAAGUGCCGCGCUCGUGCCACCGUCGCUCCUCUGAAGACAAAAUCGUGUGGGUGCCUCUUCUGCGUGGGAAGCUGUUUGCACGAAGCGGUUCCUGUGCGUGGUGUUACUGCAAACCUUGCUCUUUUUGCAGGGGGGCUGUGGCCAAAGAUGGCGCUCGAGGCAUUUGGGUGUCAUUUCACCACAAUGCGUUCCUUGGGUGCAAUGGCAACCACCCAGUUUGCCAUCUCCUUCCUCCGUGUCGGCACUGCGGUCACCCUGAGAGGUUUCACACCUCUGCCAGCAGCUGUUGUGGGUGAACUGGGAGAAACCCAGUUAUGCCACGUUCUCCUCCCCAGGAACCUUUGUCCGAACCCCACAUUGCCCUCUUUCCAGUAACUGGCAACUCUCCCCCCUGCCCAUUUCUGCUUUCUAAGCCCAUAAACUUCUCCCGGAACAUAUUAAUCCACUGCUGCUUUUAUCUGUUUUAUUUAAAUAUUCAUAUGACGUUUCACAUUUUAGGAUUUCUGCUCCAGAUUAUUUUCAUUUCUCUGUUCACGUUAACUCUCUUUCAAGAUGGGGUAGUGGCAGAACACAUCAUACUGUCAGGUUACAAUUGUAUUUUAUUUUAUUUUCUGACCAGGAUUCGGCUACAUAACUUCAGCGUCCGAGUAGUCUGUUUGUUUUAUUAUUAUUACUCUGUAUUUUGUGUUUCUGUAUUAUGAUUUUAUGUUGUAACUGCCCUGAGACUCGCAGGUAUAGGGCGGUAUACAAAUUAAAAAAUAAUAAUAGUUCGUGAGUUUCCUGAAGCUAUUUUAUUCUAAUUGUCCCUCUAGCUUAAUAGUAUAUUAAAGGCAGUAAGCGAAUUUCCUUUCCGCUUGGAUUAGUCAUCGUUUUGUGUUGUGAUGUAGGGGCUUCCUUUUCGUUGCCUGCUUUUAUUUUAUUUUUAUUUUAAGAAGACCUGAGGUGGUUACAGGAUCUGACAGGAGUCGUCUAGCAGAAUGAUUCCUACUCACAUAUCAAAAUUUUCCCUAAAAUCCCACCAUGUGCCGCCGCCCCCCGCUCCCAAAUCUACUCCAAGUGGGAAGUUUUAAAUGGUUGAUGUCUUAUUGUGUGUUUUAAUAUUUUUUUGGGAGCCACCCAGAGCGGCUGGGGCAACCCAGUCAGAUGGGGGUGGCAUAUUAAAUAAUAAAAUUAUUAUUGCUCCCCAAAAAAUUGUUUGGGGGGGGAUCCCCACAGCAGAUGGGUGUGUGAGGAGAGCGAGGGGAGUUUCCACAGCACGGCCAGAAGUCAUUCGCAACUUUGUGCCAUAUACUAUAAGCCAGUGACGGCCAAACUUGGCCCUCCAGCUGUUUUGGGACUACAACUCCCAUCAUUCCUAGCUAGCAGGACCAGUGGUCAGGGAUAAUGGGAGUUGUAGUCCCAAAACAGCUGGAGGGCCAAGUUUGGGGAUCACUGCUUUAAACACUCUCCCCCCUCCAAAAUCCUGGGAAAUAUAGUUUGUUCAGGGAAACCCCCUAUUCCCCUUCACAGGACUACAGUUCCCAGAGUCGUUUUUUAGUCCUCUUCAGAAGGGAAUGCAGAAAAUGGCGGCCUUCCUGGCGCCACUCAGCACCCUGAACAGACGACAUUUCCCAGGAUUCUCUGGGGGAAGCCAUGACGGUUUAAUUUGGCAUCAUCGUGCUUUGAAUAUAUGGUGUGAAUGUGGCCUUUGGGCUGGAUUCAAACCCCGUGGUUUUCUGUGUGACAAUUAAGCCUCUGGUUUCCAGGCGGUGAAAAUAUCCCAAGUACAUAGUGGGCAAAGAUGCCCAGGAAAUUAGAUGAGAACUAGGCCUGGUCCUAACGUUAGGCCGGAAGAGGCAGCCUACCUCAGCUGGCAGUUUCUUGUGGGGCCGGGAAAGAAUGGCAAAAAUUGACAAUUAGUUAACCAACAUGUAUUUUUACCACAGGUUUGUGGUAGGAGAGGUGAAUGCCGUUUGGAUAUGCCGUCGCCAAAAUGCCUUGGGUCGUCUCUGGAUGUGAGGCAACUUUCCUGGGAAUCUUUUUGCCCAUUGUGGGGCUCAAACCCACGACCCUGUGAUUAAGAAUCUCAUGCUCUACCGACUGAGCAAUGUGGGCGUUUUUGUAUAUAUAUAUUUUUCUUUGCAAAUUCAUAUACUGCUUAAUAGUAAAAUGCCGAAGCAGCGAACAAUGUCAAAUUCUCUUUUAAAAAUAAUAAUAAUUAAAAGACACAAUAACCUAUCACUAGGUCACACGCCAGGGAAAGCUUGUGGAAAUAAACUGUAAACUUUUUUUUGCAUGGCUUUUGGCCGUUCCAGUGGAAUGUACUAUAGUCUCUGUUCCCAUUGGAAUUCCAGUUUUUUAAACUUAAUUUCUGUGGCGUAGGGCUGGCUCCUGGUGACCCCUUUGAACGUCACACUGCCGAAUCACCAAGCCACAAUUUGGAAACCAGGCGGCAAUGACUCUUGAACUGUGCUGUUAAAUCUGUUGCAUACGAGUCCAGGUUCCCCAGAACAAAAAGGGGGAGCCGCCCCCUUUUCAAAGCAAAGAGACGGGUCCUUAUUUUGUUGUCUUGGGAAAUUUCCGCAUUUUCAGAUUGUUCCUCUUCGAAAUUAACACACUCUCUCUCCUUCCUCUUUUUAAAAGGGCGUUUUGAGAUAAACUGCCCCAGUAUUUUAGCUACCCAAAAUGAACUUCCUCCUUUGCUCUACUGCUGGGCAGAUCCUCUGCAGAUUUUCGUGUGCCCUCCCUAGGCCAGUCUGCAGAGCUUGCAAUCUGCAAAGCCACAUUCAGCCCAUUGAAAGUGGAUGGUGGCCUUCAGAAGCCUCCUCGGGAACAGAAUUAGGGACCAACUAUUUUUUGUAAUCGUAAUCAUAGAAUUGUAGAAUUGGAAGGGACCUCAAGGAUCACUUUGUCCAAACCCCUGCAAUGCAGGAAUCUCAGCAAGGGCCCUUCUCCUCCCAACUAUUGCUGUCUCACACUUUCUCCACUCUAAAAUCUGGAGAUUCUCUGUGCUCCGAAAACCCAAAAAGAAUAGCCAAGGCGUGUGACCUUUUUAAGAAUGCAGCCAAUGGGUUUGAACUAAAGGGACCCGUCUGAUAACGGAAAUAACUUGCUAGCUGGGUAUUUCCCCCCAUUUGUUUGCUUAAGUUGAUCCCGAAGAGACAAGCCCUUACUGCUGAGCUUCAAAAGCAGCUUGUCUUUUCGGCAUUAGAAGUUGCUUAAAACCACAGUGCCUUGAAUUGCAGCCCCAAAUACUGGUUGAGCAAUGCUGUAAGUUUCAGAGAUGGUGUGAUUAAUCACAUCGAAGGGUCUCUCGUACUUUUGUUUGUUUGUGGCCACUAAUAAAUCACUUCUGGGAUUACCACUUGGUCAGCAGGACUGGGCGAAACCUUCCCCCGAGAUAUUUGUAGGCUGCUGCCAGUCAGAAUAAACCAUCCUUCCUCAACCUCUGGUGUUUUGCACUACAGAUCCAAACUAACCAAGUGUUUUAGACUACAAACACCAGGUGUGCCGGCUGGGAGCUGUAAUCCAAAAUAUCUGGAGGGCGCAAGGUUGGGGAAGGCUGGAAUAAACCGUAUUGGGGGGAAAGAUGGGCUAAUUGACCUGGGAUAAAGCACCAGCUUCGUCUAUUUCCAUGUUCAUGCGGAGCCUCCUUCCUUUGGGAUUUCCACUGAAAGCAUCUGUCAGUGCAUGUUUAUUAGGCGUAAGAUAUCCCAGCAGCUGGGAAGGAAGAUUAGCCACCAAAAGAGAUCAGCGGGGAGAAGCCCUCCCCAACAGACAGCUCCCUCCUCCAGUAAAGAGCUGCUGUGCUUGCUGAGUGCAAGUCCGGCGCAGCUUCCUCCUCCUGUGAGCACUGGGGAAGUCAAGGGGCAAGGCAGCCCUGAAGCCUUUCCAGCCUUCCUUCUAUGCUGGUAGGGGCAGCAUGUGGCCAGGACUCCUCUGUGUUCAACACAAGCGGAUCCAAAUUCCUUGCACGCUCAAGCACUGUGUCUUGCAGCCAGGCUCUCGGAGUUUAGCGUGAGUUACAAUAUUCUUGGUUUAUGUGCAUGAAUGUAGAUAUUGGGGUUGUAUCGAACAAAGCCCUCCCAUUUGCUCCAGGACUUAACAUUUGUGCAAGGCAACGUCCCCUCUCCUUCCCAUGUUGCCCCCAGAUUCGGGGCGGGGGGGCAGAGCAGGAGGGGAAGUUUUGCUGCACAAGCAGAAGUCCUUUUUGCAAGCAGGAUGACUUUGUUCAAUCCAUUAUUUGUUUCUUAUUUGUACAGUGGUACCUCGGGUUAAGAACUUAAUUCGUUUGGGAUGUCCGUUCUUAACCUGAAACUGUUCUUAACCUGAAGCACCACUUUAGCUAAUGGGACCUCCUGCCGCCGCCACACGAUUUCUGUUCUCCUGAAGCAAAGUUCUUAACCUGAGGUUUUUCUGGGUUAGUGGCGUCUGUAACCUGAAGCGACUGUAACCCGAGGUACCACUGUAUUGAAUAUUUAGAGUUGAGAUUUAAUAAAUUGCCAUGUGUAUUUUUAAAAAAAUCUCAAUUGAAAGCACUGCAGUGAACCUGGCUAGCUUCUUUCACCUCUGUUUGCAUUCUGGGAAAGGAGAUUGUGCAAAUGCUCCUGCGAGCCUCAUCUCUGACCAAGGAAGCCCAGAGUUGCAUAGAGAGGCUGCUGAAUGACAGGAAGGAGUUGCCCAAAUGGUGAAACCAGAUGCUCAUCAACAAAUACAGAGUUCCCAAUCCUGUGUUUGCCUCUAAAGGUGAAGGAAGUGGAAUCGUUUUGUGUUGUGUGUGCUUAACCCUUCCCCGGCAGCAACUUUCCCCAUUUCCCUGGGAAACAUGGUCUUGGAGCUCAGCUAGAUUGAGGACCAGUUUCAGAAGACCAGUAAUGACCGAGGGAAUAGUUAAUUCCCUGGCCUUCCUGCACACACAUAUUGGUUCUUCCCUGCAAGUGACCAGCCCCUUUCCCCCCCCCCUCUCUUCAAAGGCAAACACAGGAUUACUAGCCCUGCUCCCAUGUUUUAUGAUGAAUCACUAGUUCUGGCCUCAAGUUAGGGAUGGGUGUUUUUUAUGCACACUUCAGUAUAUGCAUUUUUUUGUACACAUUGCUUGUGUGGAGAACUGCAUUGCCAUAUUCAGAGAAGUGCACAUUUCAAAGGGAUGCCUGUGUUUUGGUUCACACAUUGGACAGUGCAGAAUACGUAGGUAGAUUCUCCUUUCAAUGCAAACUGAGUCAGAUUCUGCCCCCCAUCUCUACUUCAAAUGCACUUUAGAAAUUUUGGUUGGAGUAGGCAGGGCCAGUCUUGUUUUGCAGCAGGACACAUGCUGCUUUUCCAACCAAAGCAGCAGCAGCAUGCAUCACUUCUCCAACCAAGGAGGCUCCCUCCUUCCUAGUUUCUACCUUUCCAUAUCGCUCUGUACACUCCAUCUUCCCCAAUGCCUUCUGCUUCCAGAAUGGGUUGGGUAAAGACUUGUGGGGAAGAUGGGUGGAUGAAGGCUCAUGAUGGAUAGCUCACUCAGUAGAGCACGAGACUCUUAAUCUCAGGGCUGUUGGUUCGAGCCCCAUGUUGGGUAAAAGAUUCCUGCAUUGCAGGGAGGUGGACUAUAGAUGACCCUCGUGGUCCCUUCCAACUCUACAAUUCUCUGAAUUACGGAAGGUUGCAUAUGUCUGCACUCCUUAACUCUGUAAAGCUUUCUAGGGCCUCCUAGAAAGACGUCUGUCUUUCCAGACAUUUAUUUUGGGGAAGAGGCUGUCACUCAAGCCACGGUGCGCAUUCUUUGCAUCCAGAAGGCCCUCUGUUCUGUUUCUCCCCUCCCCACCCUGCAAUCUUCACUGAACAGAGUCAGAAGUGGCAGAUCAGAGAAGAGCACUGAGUGAGCCCCUAGAUCAUUUGCGGAGGAAGAAAUCAGCAAGUAUAUUUUAUUUCUGCCUCAACUGCUAGCCCAGGCAGCAAGGCAGUGAUGGAGAGGCAGACAGGCAGGCAGUAUUAGGUCUCCCUCCCUGUCAUGGUCCCAGGACGUCCAUCUCCUCGCCAAGCCUGCAAUAAAUUCUCCCCGCCUGUGCCACUGGUUGCCCAUUGAUUGGAAAAAGCCAGGACUGGAGAAUGAAUGACUCUUAAGGGCCAUUCUUGCAUUUUACGCUUCAGUUCAGGGGUCAGCAAACUUUUUCAGCAGGGGGGCGGUCCACUGUCCCUCAGACUUUGUGGAGGGCCAAACUAUAUAUAUUUGGGGGGAGGAUGAACGAAUUCCUAUGCCCCACAAAUAUGCAUUUUAAAUAAAAGGAAACAUUCUACUCAUGUAAAAACAUGCUGAUUCCCAGACCAUUCAUGGGCCGGAUUUAGAAGGCGAUUGGGCUGGAUCCGGCUCCCAGGCCUUAGUUUGCCUACCCAUGCUUUAGUUCAACCGGGUUGCACCGCUACACUAAAGCAUUUUUGCUGCCAUUUUUUUUGUUCAGUGUGUACGUUUUAUUUCCGUUCUCUCUUCACCCCCUUUAUUUUUCUGUGUUCUCCUCUCUUUCUGUAGCCCAUCUUAGUUUCAUCCCCCCCCCCCACUUUUGGGGGGUUGGUGUUUAAAUGCUUGGCAGAAAAUGGAACUUAAAUCCCUGCUGGAGGGGCACACGUUGCAAUCGCAUAGAGAGUCUUGAGUUUUAGGACAGUGGUGUUCAAACUUUUUUCAAUGAGGGCCGGAUUUGAUGAAGUGAAGGGCCGUGUCGGCCGACCAAAGUUGUUGAGCUUUUUUUCAGGAUUUUUACCCCAGGAAAUAGACUGCCACAGGGGCCAGAUUAAGCCCCCGAAACAGACUUUGGACAUGCCUGGUUUAGGAGAAUGAGAAAGCCAUGUUUAUUACAGGAAAUGCAUUUUGGUUGGGAAAGUUCCCUAAGGUGGAGUCGCGUUGAGCUAUGCAUCUCUUCAGGAGAGACACACAAAGAUGUCUCCUCUCCCAAGGUGAGGAUGAAAAAGGAGGAGGUAGGAAAUGAGGUUAGCAGCCCAGGAGUAUAUCGGUCAGUCUUGCACCUGCGGGAAGGUCAACACAGGUUAGGCCAGGAAGUACAAGGAGGUUCCUCUCUCCCAUGCAGACGCAUCAGCCUCCAAUGCAGUUUCAGCACUUCCUCCAUGCAACAGGUUUCUGCGAUGCCAUUGCGCAGUCCUCCCCAUCUCCCCUUUUUUUCUCCCUCCAGACUCCUCUCCCUGUCUUUCUUUCUCAACUCCGUUUCCUCCACCUUGUGUCUUAUCCUUGCCUCUUCCUGCCCCGGACAGCCAACGGCACAAAGGGCUUUCAAACUCUCACACAGGAGAGAAUCUCAGGUAGCCUCUUGUCGGUUGCAACAGGCUGGGAAAGCUGUUGGCAAGUCGGAAGGUGCAGAGACAUCAUUCAGGGCUUUCUCUUCCCCUCUUUGAUUUCUCGCAGGGCAACACAAGCGCAGGAAAUAAGGUUUCACGUAGAAGCCGCAAGCUGUGUCGGCAGAGCCCGUACGCAGCAUGACACUAGCUACAAGCUAGGAAUGGCUGUUCCAGAGCGUUGUUCCAUUUUCCAGGGCUGGAAAAAUCCCAGAAAACCCUGGUUGCGUCCUGGCAAGGGUUUCCUUGCAGUUGUAACUGGAAUGGGCAUCGUCGGAAUAGAAAUGGCAAGAUAUUCUCCGUAAAGGCUCCUAUCGCUGUCUUGGGUGCAUUGAGGUUCUUUAUUCCACAGCUGUUCCAGGGAGAUGAUCCCAGACUUUUACAGCUCUGCUAGUUUUUAUUUUAUUUUUUUCAAAUCCUAAUUGGAUUUCUAAUUGCCAUCAUCUGUUUCUUCGGGUGUGGUCUGGCUAAUUCCCCCCCCCCCCCUCUCCCAGCUCACAUCCUUGUGCUUGCUGAAUUGGCCUGGUUUCCGGCUUCUCGCUGUGUGGUGUUAAUACAUUCUGUGAGGCAAGCACCUGGGAUUCAUGGGAGCAUGUGUCUGGUUUUGAUAUUAACGUAGCCGCAGAGGGAAUCCACAGAGUUUGUCGUCAGCUUGGCAGAUGUUAACAGAAUUGCAUAACAGGAUUCCAAGCUAAGCCUUUUUAUCCUAACAUUUGGUGGCACGGGUGUUUUUUCCCCUUCAUUUAUUCUGCGCAUUGAAGUUUUCUCAUCCAGCUGAGAGGCGUCCCCUGAAACAGCCCUGUUCUCAGAAGCCGAUGCCAUGAACAGAUAAGGUUUACCAUAAGGUGCUUGAGUUAGGUGAUCUUGACAUCCUGUUUGUUGAGGGUCCAAGCGGAAGCGUGUCUUGUUUUUGCCAACAGCCGUUUUGCAUUCGUCAUUGUAGUUUUAUCGAGCACCUUUCAGUGCUUUGGCAAUGUUAUUAUCUCAUGCGACAGCCCUGCGAGGCGGGGCCAGUAUCAUUGACCCAUAGUGCAAAUUUGGUGAAAGAGACGUUUGUCUGAUGCCCUGAGCUGCAGGGCCGGGGUGCCUAGAGGAGAUGUUUGGUGAGGAUACAACAAUUUUUUGAUGGGGUGGUGGUGGAAUUCAUAGGUAUAAACUGAACACCUUAGCCACCAAUCAUGGGAGCAGUGGAAAAGUUCUUUGGGUAACAGUUUAUGGAAUAAGGAGGGCAUUAACACAAAAGCAUGUGCUGUCUUUUUUUAAAAGAAAACUUCAGUCAUUUAUAUCACUUUUAAGCAAUACUUUAUAUACAAUGGAAAAAGACAUGCAUAUUCCAAAUACAAUGUUGAAAACAGCAUUUUUCAUAACAAUCCAAACACUAAGUUAACACCAUUCAAGAAGGACCACCCUUUUGCCUGUUGAAGUUUCCUAUAGAAAUAAGAAAUGAGUUUUGUUUCCCCCCUCCCAUUCUAUACAGUGAUUGAAUUUUCUUGCAUUUUUCAUAUUUAUAGUAAUUCUAGAACUUGCAUGAUUUACACUAUAAUUGCUUUUCCUCAUUUCAAGUUCCACAUCGAUGAAUUAAAGAAAAGAAUAUGCUUCUUCUGUAUUAAAAUUAGCAUGGCCUAAGAAGUGAUCAUCCCUAUUUUAUUUAUUUCUUUGUAAGUCUAAAACCAGUUUUAUCAGCAUGUGCUGUCUUUGAUGCAGUUUCAGCCCUUGAUGCCGCACUGGGCAGGAAGUUAUAACUUUAAUAAAUCAAUAACUUUCAAAAGACAAGGGGAACAUCCUGCAGGUGGUGCAAAAUGACAAGAGUGGCUCGAUUUUAAUAAAUGUCAACAGGGGCAUUUGGAAUUUCUUGGCAAAGGUUUGGUGGGGAGGGAGAUGGAAUCAUAGAAUUGUAGAGUUGGAAGGGACCCUGGGGGUGACCCAAUCCAACCCUCUGCAGUGCAGGAACUGCAGCUCAGGAACCCCUGGCAGAUGGCCACCAAACCUAUGCUUGAAAACCUCCAAGGAAGGAGAGUCCACCACCUUCUGAGGUGCUGGCAAGGCCUGGACAGAACCUUCAAAUAUGGAGGUGGCGAUUGACUUCUGUGCUCUCUCCUCCAUGCUGAGGUUGCUGGCAGGAUGUUGAGGAAGGAGCAGAACACCAGGCAGGUCCCGUGUUUGACGCCCCCAGCCUGUGCUGCAUUGUGUAAGUAAGAGAGUCUAGACUCAGCUUUGGAGUUUCUGUGUCGCGGUGGCUCUGGCUGCUUUACAGAUGGUUUGCAUGAAAAGGAAAAGGCAGUGGCAAGAAGGCUAGCAUUGAAACUGGAGGAAAGCAGUUUGUUUCUCUCUCCCGGUCCCAUGUGCAAAUGCAGUAGAGCUGGGAAAUGCUCCACAGUCAGCUGUUCAUACCAGGGCCAUGGCUCAGUGGCAGGACAGGUCCCUGUCUCUUAAAAUCUCAAAUAGAGUGCCUAGUCACAUACCUCCACAUGGGCCCUGACUACCUGAAAGGUCCAGGUGUUAAAAUGUCCAGGUGAGCACCUUCUCUGGGUCUCAUCAACAUCAGAUGCCCGGCUGGUGGGGACACGAGGGAGAGCCAAAACAGGUUGCCCCUAUUUUGCAGGUUUCCUUCCUAAGUGCGGAUGCGAUGGGCUCCCUCUUUUUAUCCUUCCUCCCAGUUUACUGAGACAAGCCUUCGGAAUUUAAGGUGCAGAUGAUGCAUAGGGCUCCUUUGUGGUGCCUAACACCAAGAAAACUAGCGCUAAUACGCCCAGGAACCUCACCAAAAUGCUGGAGAGGGUGCAUGUCCACAGGCACAUACCUCCACAUGUGGUGGGAAUGUCCCAAAAUCCAACUAUUCUGGACAACAGUCAUACGAGAAAUAUGUAAAAUAACCAAGCAAGUAUUAGAAAUCAGCCCAGAAAUGGCCCUACUAAACAUCUUCCAAGACAACAAUGCCCACAUACACCACAAAGAACUCAUAACCCACCUACUCUCAGCAGCCAGAAGCAUCAUAGCCAGACACUGGUGAGACCUGUCAGGAAGCAUGGACCAAUGGUACCAAAUAGUAUGGGAAACAGCCUUACUAGAAAAAUUAACCAAUAAACUGAAACUGACACGGGGACAAAUAGAAGACGCCUUCACCCUGGUAUGGCUCCCCUUUAUCACAUACACAGCCCAGCAAAACAAUGACAAAAAUCCACCAACAGCAUACAAAUCAAUCUGGCUAACCUGAUCCAAAACACCCACCCACCCCACUCACACAUGAAAUCAAAGACCACCACAGCCAACCACAAAUUAACAGCCACACCCUUGGCCAACCCCAACCUCUCUCACCACCUAAGGAACACAAGCGAACAACAGAGAACCUGCACAAGCAACACUGACACAAAACCCCACAUAUAUUAAGUAAAAUAGAAACAUCACCCCCCAACCCAACUCAUCUUUCCUCCUCUCCACCUCUUUCCCCCUAUUCUUCCUAAUGUCUCAACAAAUGAAACCAAUUUGUAAAAAAUAAAAUUCAAAAUAAUAUGUUAUGUGGGGGGGGGGGAAAUACGAGAGAGAGACAUUGCACAAUCCUUUGUAAAUCAAGAAAAUCUUUAAUAAAAAUACAUUGGGGGGAAAUAGAGUGCCUAGUGUAUCCAGCUCGUAAGGUAUUGGCUAGCAGGUGCCCCAUCUGGUCAGGGUCAGGGUAUCAAAGAAUCGUAGAGUUAGAAGGGACCCCGAGGGUCAUCUAGUCCAACCCCCUGCAAUGCAGGAACCACAGCUGAGGAAUCCCUGGCAGAGAUCCAUCCAACCUCUGCUUAAAAACUCCCAGUGAAGGCGAGUCCACCGCCUUCAGAGGUAGGUAAGACUGAGCUAGAGGGACCAAGACUAUGAAAGGUCUGGAAACCAAGCCUUAUGAGGAACGGUUGAGGGAGCUGUGUACAUUUAGACUGAGAGGAGAUAGGAUUGCCAUCUUCAGAUCUCUCAAGGCCUGUCCCAUGGAGGCUGGAGCAAGCUGGUUUUCUCCUGCUCCAGAUGCUAGGACUCAAACCAACGGCUUCAAGUUACAAGAAAGGAGAUUCUGAUUAAACGACAGGAAGAGAUUUCUGACAGUGGAACAAUCUUCCUCAGGACGUGGUGGACCUUGGAGGUUUUUUAAACAGAGGUUGGUGGCCAUGUGCCAUGGAUGCUUUAGCUGAGCUUCAUGUAUUGCAGGGGGGUGGACUAGAUGACCCUCAGGAUCCCUUCCAACUCUUCGAUUCUGUGAUUUUAUGACCAUUUAGGACUAGGGCGAGGAAUCUGUCACCUUCCAGAGGUUGCUGGAUUCCAUCUCCUGUCCCAUUAUGGCCGUUCUGGCUGCAGCUGAUUGGAGAUGGAGUCUAGCCACAUCUUGAGUCCCCAUUCCCAGCGCUACAUCCAGGUUGGAGAACCCCUGGCCCUCCAGGUUCUGCUGGACUCUAGCUCCCACCAUCCCCAGCCAGCAUGGCCAAUGGUUAGAGAUUAUGGGAGUUGUAGCCCAGGUACAUCUGGAGGACCACAGAUUCCCCACCCCUGAUUCAGGGCUUUUCUGUACGUUGCUUGACUUGCCAGGGCCUACACACUUCACAGGAAGCUUCAUUGCAGGGGCUUGGACUAGAUGAUCUUUGGAGGUCCUUUCCAACUCCACAAUUACAGUGGUACCUCGGGUUAAGUACUUAAUUUGUUCCGGAGGUCUGUUCUUAACCUGAAACUGUUCUUAACCUGAAGCACCACUUUAGUUAAUGGAGCCUCCUGCUGCCACUGCGCCGCCGGAGCACGAUAUCUGUUCUUAUCCUGAAGCAAAGUUCUUAACCUGAAGCACUAUUUCUGGGUUAGCGGAGUCUUUAACCUGAAGUGUAUGUAACCCAAGGUACCACUGUAUAUGAUUCCGCUAAAUUGGACAACUGGCGCACAAACCCAUGUUUCCAGACAAACCUGUUUCUUUCCCACAUUGCAUUUUUAGACCCGUGCUCAAAAACUUUAGGCAUAUUUAUAAAAUAUAUCAUGCUUGAAAUGCUCAGCAACCGUGGAGCCUCCAUCUGUCAGUAUCGCAAGAAACAGGGAGGGAGCUAAAGGGACCACCAUUGACCCCAGCCUCUUUGGUGGCCAACUGAUUCGUCUUGUCUUGUGUGGUGUGCAGCUGCAGCAAGCCACUUGGAAUUUUCCGUUCUUUAUCUUUUUUUUAAUUGGCUGUCGCAGGGGCUGGCUUGCCCCGCUGCUGACACGGUUCCUAGUCCCACGCAGAUUCUGCUCCGGCCUGCACAAUCCAGCGAUUGCGCCACUCUCUGUGGCGCAAGGUCAUGCGGCGAAGUUGCAGCAGAGGGCGUCGGAUGUGCAAACGGCCCAUGGAGCUGCUCGGGUUGCGCGAUCGGUGCUUAGGCCCACAGAUUUGUGCUCCUGGGAAGGAGGCAGCUGAAAUGGCUAGCGAAACAUCCUGCCCCAAGUAGUUUUCUGCAGUGAAAAGUGAGAGCUAAAUGCCCUUGCUUUCUCUCUCUCUCUCUUCCCUUACCCUUUAAUGAGAGGAUCUGUAUGGAAGACCAUCAUUGCAACUGCCCCAUUUAUGUGUGCAUUGCCCCAUUAAGACAGGAGUGGGAAACUCCCAGGUUUCCAGAUGCCUAAAUUUGUAGGAACCUGAUUCUGUUAGGUAGGCUUUGUCACUUCUCCAAAUAUCUUCUUGAUUAUUAUUCCAGUUCUAUGUUGGUCUGAAUCAGCAAAGAACGUGACAGCACUGCUGCUCUUGUUGGGUGCUUUACACCUCUGGAACUUCAUACACCCAUUUCUUCAUUUUUUAACAAACAUAUUUACACCACCCUAACCUACCUUCCAUUGUUGGUGUGGUAUACCAUAAACUCUAUUGGAGUGGCUUCUGUUAAAAUGCUUCAUAUCUGAGGCUUUAAGAAACAUCUUUCUGUGAUGACUUCCACACCUGUAGGUCAUUGAUGAUGAAGAAUGUUUGCAGGAGAAAGAGUCCCCUUCCAUUGCUGUAAGGCUGUCACACUUUUCAGGUUGUACCAGUGUUGCGCAUGAAGGGCCUGUGAGCAUUUACCUAUCUCUAUUAGUGUAUGGAAGUGAGAGCUGGACCAUAAAGAAGGCUGAUCACCGAAGAAUUGAUGCUUUUGAAUUAUGGUGUUGGAGGAGACUCGAGAGUCCCAUGGCCUGCAAGAAGAUCAAACCUCUCCAUUCUGAAGGAAAUCAGCCCUGAGUGCUCACUGGAAGGACAGAUCCUGAAGCUGAGGCUCCACUACUUUGGCCACCUCAUGAGAAGAGAAGACUCCCUGGAAAAGACUCUGAUGUUGGGAAAGAUGGAGGGCACAAGGAGAAGGGGAUGACAGAGGACGAGAUGGUUGGACAGUGUUCUCGAAGCUACCAGCAUGAGUUUGACCAAACUGCGGGAGGCAGUGGAAGACAGCAGUGCCUGGCGUGCUCUGGUCCAUGGGGUCAUGAAGAGUCGGACACGACUAAACGACUAAACAACAACAUUAGUGCAAUGUGCUUUAUCAUGGGUCUGCCAUCAGGUUUUGAGGUUCCCCACUUGUGGAGCAGAGGACAGGGGUGUGGCUUUAUUUCUUUUUGCGCAUAGGCCGGCGUGGGAAACUUGUGCACCGAGUUGGCCAACAGCCUUGGCCAACUGCAGUUGCCUUGCCAGGUUCCUUCCCCCUCCCUUCCACUGCCACUUGGCCAAGGCUGGGCAGAGGCAAGUUGCAGGUUCGAUCUCUCCAGACAAAGCUAGCAAGGACCCUUGUCUGAUACCCUGGAGAGCCUCUGCCACUCGGUUUACGUCAUGCAGAGCUAGGUGGGCCAAUGGUCUGUCUCCGUGUAAGGUAACUUGCUACGUUCCUAAGUUCCUCUGCAGAGCAUCAGCCACUGAAAUGUCCCGCCUCACUUUCUUCCAGGAAAGACAUGGAGACAUGGAGUGUGCCAAGCCAGUCAUGGCGCCCUCCUUCCAACCUACAAUGUGGGGAAGGGGACCACCACACUCACAUGCCCACACAUCUGUAGGACUAAGACUUGGAGGAAAGCUCAUGUUCGCCAGAGGGUAGAAGAACACUGUCCAUGGUGAACAUGGUCAGCCAGGGAUCAUGGAGGCACCUGUGGCCUUCCAGGUGUGGUUGGAUUGGAGCUCCUGUCCGCCCCAACCAGCUUGGCCAAAAGUCAGUUUGGCAUUGGAGUCCAGCAACAUCUGGAGGUGCCACAGGUUCCCUGCCCCUGUGAUGAAAUGCAGGUGCCUUCUUUGGUGUAAAGGUAAAGGGACCCCUGACCAUUAGGUCCAGUCGUGACCGACUUUGGGGUUGCGGCGCUCAUAUCGCUUUAUUGGUCGAGGGAGCUGGCGUACAGCUUCUGGGUCAUGUGGCCAGCAUGACUAAGCCGCUUCUGGCGAACCAGAGCAGCGCACAGAAACGCCGUUAACCUUCCCGCCGGAGCGGUACCUAUUUAUCUACUUGCACUUUGACGUGCUUUCAAACUGCUAGGUGGGCAGGAGCUGGGACUGAGCAGCGGGAGCUCACCCCGUCGCAGGGAUUCGAACCGCUGGCCUUCUGAUCGGCAAGUCCUAGGCUCUGUGGUUUAACCCACAGUGCCACCCACAUCCCUAUGCCUUCUUUGGUACAUCGUACCAAUCGUAGGUUUAAAUUUAAAAGUGAGCUUCUGUGGAAAAGUCUGUAGACACCUGAAAGAUUAAGCCGUGUGUACCCAGGAACAGAGGCUGUUUGUUGGGGGGCGGGUGAUGUUGAGUGUGGAUAUAGUCCAACUGAUGCACCCUUAGGGAACCCAUAUUUGUGAUACGACACAUAAGCAGAAUGUAAUAAUAAUAAUACUGUGUUAUGUACAUUCUUUCCCACCAAUUCAGCUAAGGAGACCUAUAUUCAUGAGCAGACAUAGUAGGCGUGUGUCAUUUACGGAUUAGGAAGUAGAUUGGGAAUUGGAAGCAUAUGCAAGUGAGGAUGUAGUUUAGCAGUGUGACUUUGAAUAGCAUGUUCAUUCCAGUGAGCAUCUGAAUCCAUGUUAUUGCACACCAGACAACAUACUAGCACCUUCUCUUCUCUUCUCUUCUUUACAUGUGAUGAGCAGGAUCAUCAGUCUCUUUGCUUCAGAGGUUCAUUUUUUAUGUUGGUGUUGUGGUUUUAAAAUUUAAAAAACCCCAGGCAUUAGAGAUAAGUUGAGAUACUAAAAAACGAUAAUAUGCUGCUUCCUUUUCUGGUAUGCGAGGUUCAACUCAGCAAAGAAACUGCAUUGUGAUGACGCUGAUGGGGUCUUGCCUUUCUCUUCCAACAGGUGCCAUCCCAUAAACCGCAGGGGCCCUAGGAAGGGCAAGUGUCAACGGGACGUGUGGCCAGCCCUUGGCCAGAAACAACAGCCACGGUGGGCCAGAACGGCAGAGCAGAACUGCCCAUGCCGGCGGUUUAUGAAGUGGGGAAGCAGGUGAGCGGCUGGUUUUGUCUUACAGGAAGGUCAGGCUUGGGGUUAAUCUGACCAGCUUGGGAAGGGCUGCCCUUCUAGAGGUUUCGUUCACCCCUUCGUUGCAUCGAAAGGGGGUGAAAACUAUUCAAGAGUGAGACAACGCUUCCUGAAUUGGUCACACGGUCUCGGGUGACAUCAGAACACAGUCAAAUCUGAUUGGCUAUGUAGCACCUUGACGUCAUAACUUGAUUUGAGUGGGAGCGUUCAUGCCACUGACUCGGUUUUGGGGGAAAUGUUUAGCAUGUUGCCACAUGACGUCAUUAUUCAGCUAGUACUCCAGAACAGUAUAACCAUGGGGAGCGUUUUCUUCUUCCAUUUAAAAAAAUCUGACUUUUGUGAAAGAACAGGAAUGGAUGCUCAGUAUUUUUUAUGGCAUGUGUACAAGUAUUGUCCCACUUCCUGUGUAGAGUGGGGGUUGGGAUUGGUGGAUGUGGUUUGGAAGGCAUGUGUUUCCUACCACUUUCCCUCUGAGCUGCAAGUUUGUGGCUCAAUUCAGAGGAGAGAUGCUCUAGAUCAAGCUUCGGGUCCUGAGUCAGAGUGCUGCCCGUGACAGCAAACAUUAGCAGCAGACAACAUUUCAUCACAAUAGCCAGGUUCGUCGUAGCUCAGGCAAACACAUAGUUCCUCUUCUAAUCUCCUGUGCUCCCACAAGAUUAGAAUUCCAGAAUACUCGGCACUGAAUAAAAUUUUGAAAAGCCGCAGAAGGGCUGUCGCCACGUGCAUGUUAAAAACUCUUGGCUUCUGCUGACUGAAGGAACACAAAGGUACCUAAGGGAUGUGAUGUGACUACAGCCACAGAUUUAUUUAUUUUCUCCAAUUUGGGCACAACCCGUCAUUACCGUAGAAAGGAAAACCCUUUGCCCUCUAAUAGCAGUAACGUGUGCUCAAAUGUGCAGGCAGUGAGCUACAAAUUCACACUCAAAAACAUUGGAUCAAACAGCGGUUGUGCCACUAUGAAUGCUAAGUUUAGAAAGCCCCAGAGGUGGAAUAUAAGUGCUAUCAUACGUACCAUUCUAUUGUGACAAACAGGCCCUAAGAAUACAUUUCAAGCAAUGUUUAAACUUUAAGCCACUUUAAACAGUUGUGGCUUCCUGCAAAGCGCUUUAAACAUGGUGUGAAUAUGACCUAAGUGUCUGUGGAAGCAGGACAAUUCCUGCUUACGCAGUGGCACUUCCCCUCCUUAUCCUACCCCCCAUGUUUACCCCACAAAUCCCCCCUCCCCAAAUCAGCUCUGGGGGCUUCCACAACUCUUCCCAGUAGAUUAGGGAGUCCGUUCCACAUUUCAACAGCUCUUACUGCCAGAAGGUUCUUCUUGAUGUUGAGUCGGAAUCUUGUAACUUGAAUCCGUUGGUUCGAGCCCUACCCUCCGGAGCAGGAGAAAACAGGCUUGCUCCAUGUGGCGUCUCAUGCUCCUCCUUCUGCUUCCUUCCCUAGUACCCAGAGCCAGAGUACGCGGGGAGACCCCUUCCAAUGUCCCAGCAUGAGACCUCUCCGACAGUACUGCGACGCGCCAGCAAUCACCGACGCAACAACCCCUGCUGCUUCUGCUGGUGCUGCUGCUGCAGCUGCUCGUGGUAUGUGGAACGGACUGGGGCGGGUUGGGGGGUUGGACGCUGCCUACCUGUGCCUGUGUCAUAGGGCCUGGGCCGGUGGAGGCUGGUGCCCACUGGGGUUAAAGGUAAAGGGACCCCUGACCAUUAGGUCCAGACGUGGGCGACUCUGGGGUUGCGGCGCUCAUCUCGCUUUAUUGGCUGAGGGAGCCGGCGUACAGCUUCUGGGUCAUGUGGCCGCUUCUGGCGAACCAGAGCAACACACGGAAACGACGUUUACCUUCCCGCUGGAGCGGUACCUAUUUAUCUACUUGCACUUUGACGUGCUUUCGAACUGCUAGGUGGGCAGGAGCUGGGACUGAGCAGCGGGAGCUCGCCCCGUCGCGGGGAUUCGAACCGCCGACCUUCUGAUCGGCAAGUCCUAGGCUCUGUGGUUUAACCCACAGCACCACCCGCAUCCCGCAUAACCAUUGCGAUUAGCAGGAGUCUAAUCAUAGGUGGUGACCGAACCAAUGAUGGGCAGGGUCAGCUAAUUUUGGUUUGAAACUAUGGAACAGGAAGCCGAUAGGUUAUUAUGCCAUUACGCCUUUUUUCGUUAAGGGAAAAGGCGAGGAAGAUCGAUAACAGUUUAUGAAAUAAUUCAUGGCACAGAGAAGCUGGAUAGAGAAGUCCUUUUCUCCCUCAUUCAUUUAUUUGACUUAUUAGUCACUCGCCACCCAACAGAUCUUACACUGAAGAACUUAUACAUAAAUACAUUCUAAAACACAACAGGGGGGGGGAAAUAAACAUUUAACAUCCCAUACAGCAUAUUUUUAAAAGCUUCUUCAAAGACGGCUUUUAACUGAACCCAUCCUAUUUUGUCAAGUCAUGCAGUGACUUUCUGUUCCAGCAGUGACGCCCCACUGCUUUUAACAACCCAAACACGCAGCAAAAAAGCAAAUAAUAUUUUUUUGCAGCCUUCAGAAUGCAUUCUUAUAUUAUUGGAAAUUAUAUUUUUCAAACAUCCUGCCUAGCAAACCUGCUUGGAUUCUUAGAACAGUGUCAAUGCAGUCUAAUGCAGAGUACUCUCGAAAAGCAAAAUACGAAAAGUUAACUCCUCUAGAAUGCUAGAACUCGGGGAGAUCCAUUGAAGCUGAACAAAGGUUCAGGAGAGAGGAAAGAAAGUUCUUCUUCAUGAAGCGCACAGUUAAACUGUGGAACUCCCUGCCACUGCAGAAGGUGGUGAUGGCCACCAAGCUGGAUGGCUUUAAAAGAGGAUUAGACAAAUUCGUAGAGGGGAGGGAUAUUGAUCACUGUGGUGGUGGCUCUGUUCUGCCUCCAUGGUCUGACGCAGGAAUGCUUUUGAUAAGCAGCUGCUGGAAACCACAGGAGGGGAGAGUGCUCUUUUGUUCUAAUCCUACUUCUGGGUUCCUCACAGGCAUCUGACUGGCCACUGUGAGAACAGGUUGCUGGACUAGAUGGGCCACUGGUCUCUUCUUAUAGGCAAGUUUUGGAGGUUCCCUCUCCUCCUGCUGCCUGAUGUUCAGCUGCCGCGUUUCGGAGGAGCCAUGUGCUUAAGCUUUGUUUAUAGCUGGUGGCUAAUUGGAGGAGUAUUUAACAAAGCAAGUGUAAACACCAUCUUGAGCAGAUGGUCUGGUAUUUGUGCCUCACAGAGUGCGGAGGCCCUCGGAAGCUUCGGAUGUUCAGUUUUGUUUGGGUUCGGAUGCGUGUUUGUGUUUCGGAUUUAGGAUAUUCUGCACGGCUGAAUUUUCCCACAAUCUGUUCUCAGAAAUGCUGCUAUUUCCCUAGUCUGCCACUGAGCCCUGUCUCCCGUUUGCGUUGCGCUUGUUGUUCUCAGAUUCACAUGCAGUGCAAGGGCCACAUUCCCCUCCGUGCAGUCUUCUGGGGGCCACACGCCAAUAAUGGGCAGGGCCAGAAGCAAAAGGGGGGGGUGUGAGCAAAGCGACGAAUGUGAAAUUUACCUUUCUGUAGCUGGCUACUUCCUACAGACAUUUGCACACUUCUGUCCUCUGUUCCCAGGUGAGCAAGAGGUGUUGUCAGAGUUCAGGGGCACAUUUCAGCCAGGUGGAAACGCUCGAGGAAGGGUGCAAAGCAGGGCUGGUGAAGUGUGUGGCCUGGGGAGAGGAGUGUGGCUUGCAGAUAAGCCCAAAGGCCCAGUAGAAAAGCCUGGAGCAUAGGCGUAGCUGGGGGCUGCUCCCCUCCGUAGAUCAAGUAAAUUAAUAAAAAUACCAAUCAAGUCGCAGGUGGCUCAGUUCUGUCCCCCCUCCCCCCCACACACAAAGGUCCUGCACCCCCUCAGCAAAAAUCCUGGCUAUAUCCAUGGCCUGGAGGACUGUAUUUGGCCCCCAUGUAGUGUGACGCAGCAGCAAAAAGAAGCUAAUGCUAUUCUAGGCUGCAUCAACAGAAGUCUAGUGUCCAGAUCAAGGGAAGUAAUAGUCCCACUCUAUUCUGCCUUGGUGUGACCUCACUUGGAAUACUGUGUCCAGUUCUGGGCGCCACAAUUUAAGAAGGCUAUUGACAAGCUGGAAUGCGUGCAGAGGUCAACUUAGAUGAUCAAGGGUCUAGAAUAGGGUUACCAGACGUCCCCGGAUUUGCAAAUCUGUCCCCGGGAAAUGUGUCAGCGGCAGUCUCAGCAGCCCGGAGCCAGCCUGGUAGCUCAGUUGGCUCUGGCUGGCUUCAGGAGCAGCUCGCUACCCACUGCCACUGCCACUGCCAAAGGUGAACUGGGGACAUCCAGCAAGACAGAUCUGCUGCCCCCUUCUCCCUUUGUUUUGACAGAUCGGGGGAGUCUCAGGAGUUGCGGGCGGGUGGCCGUUGCCCAGGAGGGCCGCAAAGCUCGCAGUUUCUCUGCCAGGCAAGGUGCAAAGCCCUUCUUUCGCACCCUGCGAAACAUAAAUGCGCAGAGUUCUUUAAAAACUGGGCAACAGCCGCCUGCCCGCGACUCCCGAGCCUCCCCCGAUCUGUCAAAACAAAGGGGGAAGGAGAUCAAGGAAGGCUUGGGAGUCACAGGCGGGUGGCACGCCGUUGCCCAGUUUUUUAAAAACUGCACAUUUAUGUUUCGCAGGGUGUAAAAGAAGGGCUUUGCACCUUUAUCCAAUAUGCAUGUGUGCUUGGGCCCAGGGUCUUUUGCCUCACCAUCCCCACUACUGACUCCCUGUUGCUACUCAGCUUCCAAAAAAAAAAGUGUCCCCAAAUUAUUGAAAAAAAUCUGGUAACCGUAGACUAGAAACCAGAAAGAAUUGGGUAUGUUUAGCCUGGAAAAGAGGAGACAGAGGAGAUAUGAUAUUCAUCUUCAAAUAUCUCAACAGCUGUCACCGGGAACAAGCUUGCUUUCUCCUGCUCUGGAGAGUAGGAUUUGAACCAGUGGCUUCAAGUUACAAGAAAGGAAAUGCCGACGAAACGGCAGGAAAAACUCUCUGGCAGUAAGAGCUGUUUGACAGUGGAACGGUCUCCCACAAGAGGUUGUGGACUCUCCUUACUUGGAGGUUUUUAAGCAAAGGUUAGGUGUCCACAAGUCAGGGAUGCUUUAGUUGAGAUUCCUACAUUGCAGGGGGUUGGACUAGAUGACCCUUGGGGUCCCUUCCAACUCCACAAUUCUGUGAUGUCUCCCAUCUCAAAAAUAAAGAGGCCCAAAUGCUGCAACCUUUCCUCAGAGGGGAGUUGCUCUUUAUGUGAGCUUUUAAAAUUCAAAUUGUUCCCUAUUUUUAAACCCUUUUGAUUAAAUCAGAUUCUGUCUGUGCUCACCAAUUCACAAAUGUGAGGCCUACCAAGAAUUUCCCCCUCUUCUCCCAGUGUGGACCCUUCCUUGGGAAUUUGUCCCCGGGAAUUUAUUUAUUUGAUAAGACACUUCUUGUUGUUUUUUUACCCUGCCCUUCUGAUGCAUAUGGAUUACUCAAGGCAGCUUGCAUCACUUAAAAUUGCAAUCUUGCAAUAAAACCGCAGCAGCAGCAGAAUACAGCAGAGACAGGUACGGCAGAUUAAAAACACAUCUUCAAAUCACAACGUUAUUUACCUGUCAAGGCAAAUGUCUGCCGGAAUAGGGAAGUCUGUACUGUACUGUUGUUGGCAUACUUCUGUCUCGGGAGACGAUGGAGGAGUGCGCCUUUGCAGGUGAACUCAAACCGUUGGAGAGUUUCAGUGCCUACUGUGGCUGUAGAGACCGAUACGGGAGAGACAUGUUUUGUUGCAGCUGGGGCAGAAGAAGGCACCUGGUUUUGCACCAUGGCCUUUCUUCCCUCUGCGCUCCUCCCAGCGGUUUUUCCUCUUCUGGUCACUGUGAUGGAUGCACAACCUGACUGUCUCCAGGCACUGCAGUAAUCUGCAAGGGAUUCCCACAUGGUGGGGUUGGUGUUGCCAGCCAUUUGCAGACAACUUUGUAACGCAGAGUUGGCCUGCCAACACACCUGGUGCUGGAAGCCAGCUCCCUGUAGAGCACAUCCUUGGGGAUCCUGCCGUCUUCCAUUCUGUGGACUUGACCAAGUAACAGCAUAGACGUCACUAAGACAGAAGCAUGAACAUUCUGGGAUUGUGGAAGCAGCAAGAAAGGGAGCCGCCCAAACCCCAUGGGGCAAAGUGUCUAAUAACUUGAGUACCACCACAGAGAAAGCUGGACCAUAAAGAAGGCUGAUCGCCAAAGAAUUGAUGCUUUUGAAUUCUGGUGCUGGAGGAGAUGCUUGAGAGUCCCAUGGACUGCAAGAAGAUCAAACCUCUCCAUUCUGAAGGAAAUCAGCCCUGAGCGCUCACUGGAAGGACAGAUCCUGAAGCUGAGGCUCCAAGACUUUGGCCACCUCAUGAGAAGAGAAGACUCCCUGGAAAAGACCCUGAUGUUGGGAAAGAUGGAGGGCACAAGGAGAAGGGGACGACGAGGAUGAGAUGGCUGGACAGUGUUCUCAGAGCUACCAGCAUGAGUUUGACCAAACUGCCGGAGGCCGUGGAAGACAGGAGGGCCUGGCGUGCUCCGGUCCAUGGGGUCACGAAGAGUCGGACACGACUAAGCAACAACAACACCACAGAGAAGACCCUGUCUCCAGCCACCACUGACCACACUCCCAUUUUGAGUGGGAUACAGAGAAAGACCUGUUCUUCACAUCUUCGGCUAGGAACAGAGAACACUUCCUUACACAGAGUUAGACUGUUGGUCCACAUAACUCAGUGCUUCCUGCACAGAUUGGCAGCCACUCUCCACGGUUUCAGACUGGGAACACUCCAAGCCCUAACUGGAAAUACUGGAAAUGGAACUUGGGACCUCCUCAGCCAUUGCUUCACCUCCAGGCUAAAUUAUUAUUAUUUUGAUUGAUAGAUUGAGUUUAUAUACUGCCCUAUACCCGGAGGUCUCAGGGCAGUUCACAUAAAAAAUAACAACAUACAGUAUAUAAUCAGAAUAAAAACAACUCAAUAGCAUGCACACACCCCAGAAAAGAGCCACAUUUUAAAAGGGUAUAGGAUGUAAAACAAAUCAACCAAAGGUCUGGUUAAAAAGGAACUUUUUUUGCCUGGUGCCUAAAGGUGUAUAAUGAAGGUGCCAGGCAAACUUCCCUGGGGAGAGCAUUCCACAGACAGGGAGCCACUGCAGAGAAGGCCCUGUUCACGUGUUGCCACUUUCCUGACCUAUUGAGGAGGGGGCACACGAAGAAGAGUCUCAGAAGAUGAUCUCAGGGUCCGGGUAGGUACAUUUGGAAAGAGGCAGUCCUUGAGGUAUUGCGGUCCUGAGCCGUUUAAGGUUUAUAGGUCAAAACCAUCACUUUGAAUUGGGCCCGGAAGCUGAUUGGUAGCCACUGCAGUCAGACGAGGAUCUGCCACUCUGUCUGCCUUUCCCCCAAGUCCCAGCAAGAUAAGCCUGCGGUCACAUUUGGACUCAGGGUGGCUUCCUUUGACAGUGGCAUAUCUUUGUGUUAAUUCUUUUCCUGUAUAGUUGAUGCUCUCAGACCGCCAGGCAGAAGGGGGGUGAGAAAAAGAUGAAAUUUGCACACCGGAACUUCUCUUCCUGUGGGGCUUUCGAGCGAAAGUUCUUUUUCUUUUAAAAAAAAAAAGGAAGUUGAAGCAACUUGGGCCUACAGUCGCUUGCCUCGGGCACAGAGGAGGCUGCCGACAUUGAUCUUUUAUGUUUGAAUCAAGGAUGCAAACUUUAAUAGGCGAAAUGUCUAGAGUGUGAUAGAUAUAUAUAUAUCUAUAUAUCUAUAUCUAUAUAUAUAUCUAUAUCUAUAUAGAUAUAGAUAUAGAUAUAGAUAUAGAUAUAGAUAUAUAUAAAAUGACUGACUAGAAAGAUGCUCAGAUUAAUCAGGCAGCUGAUGUUUUUGUGUGUGCUAAGUGGAAUGUAAGUUGAGCUGCUAAUGUGCAUUAAAGGUAAAGGGACCCCUGACCAUUAGGUCCAGUCAUGGCCGACUCUGGGGUUGCGGCGCUCAUCUCGCUUUACUGGCCGUAGGAGCCGGCGUACAGCUUCCAGGUCAUGUGGCCAGCAUGACUAAGCCGCUUCUGGCGAACCAGAGCAGUGCACGGAAACGCCGUUUACCUUCCCACUGGAGCGGUACCAUUUAUCUACUUGCACUUUGACAUGCUUUCGAACUGCCAGGUUGGCAGGAGCAGGGACCGAGCAACGGGAACUCACCCCAUCACAGGGAUUCGAACCGCCGACCUUCUGAUCGGCAAGUCCUAGGCUCUGUGGUUUAACCCACAGCGCCACCCGCGUCCCAACUCAAUGUGCAUUAACACCCGGCCAUUAUGCACAUUCACUGAGCCUCAUGGAGAAGGUGCACAGAAUCUGUCUGUGAAGAGGACAUUAUGUGCAUUUCCGGGUCAUUAUGCACAAUCCCCACAAUCCCCAAUCCCAAAUGCACAAGGCCUUGGGGAAUGUGCAUAAUAUUGGCUGCGUCUUGUUCAUUGUCUGGGCAAUGUGCACAUUCUCCAGUCACUAUGCAUAAACUCCAAAGAACAUACUUUCCCCGCUCUAUUUCUUGUUCAACCUGUGCUCCCUAGGCUGCUUCUAGCCCACUGCCUAAUCUCACAUGCCCCACAGCAUAUCCUCCCCAUGAUCAGCCAAGCAGCAGGGGUUGGUUCAGAUAAUUUUUCAUUAACUUCAUAUCCCAUGCCUCUUCCAAGAGUCCCUUUUUCUGCAGUGCAACCCCACUCUCAGCUAUCCCCUGGUCAACACAGAGAGAAUUGUACUGAGACUUAACACUGGAGUUGAGCUUGAGGUGAGGCAGAAGAGAGCAGGGCUCGUUUUGUAGGUAGAAGAGGGAAUUUUGGUUUUCCUGCCCCUGCUUUUGAAAAUCCUGCCUUGUACAUAGCUGCCAAGGCUCACAAACAUCGCAGGGGAACAGCUGAGAGUAGGACUCGACAGCAGGAAAAGGGGCUCUUUCGGAAGAAGCUUGGGAUAUAAAUAUAAUGAAAAAUAGGAAUCUGGACUGUUGGUCCACCUAGCUCAGUAUUGCCCACACGGACUGGCAGCUGCACUCCAAGAUUUCAGACACUUGUCUCAUCCAACUAACAGAGUUACGGUUCAUGCUUGUCUUCCUUUGGCUCUGGGCAUCACCUCCAAGCCAACCUAGCGGUAAAAAGUUUCACUUCCUGGAGCAGCGUUUAAACUUAUUAUAUUUGCUAGUGAAACCGUUGCCUGCUUUAACUUUGAGAGAACACUGACCUCUACUUGUCAGCUUUGGUAAAGACGGCUGCACAUUUCCUUCCCUAAGUUUCCUAUAUAUAAGCUCUUGAGUCUCAGUCUGCCUCUGAUGUGGAGUUUAUCCAUUCUUUUCUCUCUCUGCUUCAUUUUCAAAACGCAGCAGCCCUGGCGUGAGCUGCAUCUGUGCAGAAGGGUGCAAGGUGCUUAACCCUUCCCUCCCUCGUCAUUUUUCAGCUCAAAACGGACCUCUCCUGGGUGCUUUUACACUUGUUGGGGGGGAAAGUUAGGCGUGCUCUUGAGCAGGAAAGCUGUAGGAGUGGAAAGGGGUUAAGCAGCUUUUCCCAGUUGGGUUUGGGUUUUGGGGAGGAGGCAAUCCAUAGAAUCAACUCUGAUUAACAUGUAGUUUGAACUUUACUCAUAAGGUAGGGUGUGCCUUGUUACGGUGCCGUUUCUUUGGGGAUAUACGCUAUGCAAAAAUCUCCAAAUGAAUCCAGACUUCAGUGUCUAAAAUCCCUGGUAGAGGACGAGGAUCCUGAGAUCAUGUUAAGCAUAGCCAAAUUCUGUGUGAUUGCCAUAAAACUUAGGGAACAAGCUGUUCUAUCAUAAUGAUUACAGUUUUAAAUGAUAAUGUUAGUGACUAAGUUUUAAUUUAUAUAUUUUUAACUGUUGCUAUAUCUGUAUUGUCCCUCUUAUACCUAAUUACAAAUUCAAAUGUAUCCCUAUCGUGUUUUAUGACUUCCUUGGUAUUGUAUGUGGGCUGCAACUGGUCCGUGACCGAAAUAAUAAAAUUCAUUUAUAAGGUAGGGUGGUGGGGAGCAUGAGCAUAUGCUUGAAGCUUCUCCAUAACUUCAUUCUUGAUGCUGUACACACCCUGCCCUAUUUGCAAUCUUUUCAUUUUGAUACUAGGAAUGAAGAUCGUGAGCGGGCGUGGAGGGCAUCGCGAGACACCAAACUGGAGCCCAUUCCAAACUGUGAAGCCUGGUGAGUUCACUCUUUGCCAUGGUGGCAGCUCUUGUGCACUCAGAAUUUUCACCAUCAACCUGUCCAUAGCAAGCCAUGCUGAGGAAAUGCCAGGACAACGGGCAGGGCCUUUUUGGUGGUGGCAUCCUCACUGAAACAAUUUACUCCCCAGAUAGGCAAGUUCAACAGGUCUGUAUUUUGGCUUGCUUGUUUUUCUGGAGAUACGAAAGAACCAUCGUUCCCUGGCAAAUGUUUGGGAAGUUAACUUUAGUUUUCUGAGAUUCCACCGAGGUCCUGUUGUUCUUUUCUGGUUUUUGUAGGGUUUUUAAUGGCUGUGGCACUGUUUGCUGGUUUUUAUGGAUGCAUUUUAGUGGCUGUUUUUAGUGACUGGUUUUUAUCCGUUGUUAGGUUUCCUCCGGGCUCCUUUGGAGCCAUGGGGAGCAGAGGUAAAUCUCUACACGAAAGGUGCAUGACCCAGCUAAAGUGAUGAAGUGCCUUCCAAGUUUGAUCACUUUCAGUGGGAGAGUUAAGUACACUGACAUCAUAGAACCGUAGAGUUGGAAGGGACCAUGAGGGUCAUCUAGUCCAACCCCCUUUGAUGCAGGAAUCUCCCUGCCCAACAUGGGGCUUGGAACUCACGACCCUGAGUUUAAGAGUCUCAUGCUCUUAACGACUGAGCUAUCAUGCAUGGGCUGAAAGUGGCUUUUUGUUUCGUUUUUAUUAUUUUUAAAAAUAGAUUACAAACAUAAAGUCCAAAACAAAGCAGAACAAGACAGAGCAAAACAAAAAAGAAAGAUAAAAAAAGAAAAGAAAAAGAAUAAUCACACCUACAAAGAAAACCAUAGGUAAAGGUAAAGGGCCCCUGACCAUUAGGUCCAGUCGUGGACGACUCUGGGGUUACAGCUCUCAUCUCGCUUUAUUGGCCGAGGGAGCCAGCGUACAGCUUCCAGGUCAUGUGGCCAGCAGGACUAAGCCGCUUCUGGCGAACCAGAGCUGCGCACAGACAUGCCGUUUACCUUCCUGCAGGAGCAGUACCUAUUUAUCUACAUGCACUUUGAUGUGCUUUCGAACUGCUAGGUUGGCAGGAGCUGGGACCGAGCAACGGGAGCUCACCCCGUCACGGGGAUUCGAACCGCCGACCUUUUGAUCGGCAAGUCCCAGGCUCUGUGGUUUAACCCACAGCGCCACCCGUGUCCCUCUAAGAAAACCAUAUCAUCAUACUAAUUGUUACAUACAUAUACACAUAUUGAUUUCCUUCCUUUGUUCUGUGACCUCAUCGUUUUUAAUCUUUCUGUAUUGUUGUGUCUAGUGUAGAUUACCUCUAUCUUUAUACCUCUUGCACCAUUUUUCAAUUUCUUUAACCCUGCAAAGCUUCAUUCAUUACAUACCAAUAUACUUACUCCAGAACAAUGUUUUUUCAUAUGUUAUUUAACACAAUCCCAUUCUUUUACUAAUUUUUGGUCCGAUUGUCCCCUUAAGAAUGCUGUGAAUCUUGCCAUAUAUAGAUUCACAAAAUUUGAUUUGCCAUUCUUUUUAUUGAUGGGAUUUCCCCCCGAAAGUGGGUUUUUAAAGUGCUUGACUUGGCCCUCUGGAAGCAAAGGAACAUAGGAAGGUGCCUCACUCAGGCCCCCAAUUUAUCCAUCUAGCUCAAUAUUGUCUACACAUAUUGGAAGCAACUAUCCCAUCCCUGCCUGGAGACCUCUGCAUUCAAAGCUGAUCUUGUACUGCUGAGCUACAGCCUUUCUCCAAAUAAAUUGGUAUUAGCUUAGAACACAGCCUUCCCGAAUGUGGUGCUGGUUCCCCAGUGGUGACACUGGGACUGGUGUGAGCUGUACUUGCAAACAUCAGGAGGGCUCUUAUGUUAGGGAAGACAAACUUCUUUUUUAUUACAGACUUUAUUGAAUCUUUUUAGGGCAAUUGCCAAGCAUCAAGCUAAAGCACAAAUGCAUGUACAGUGGUACCUCGCAAGACGAAUGCCUCGCAAGAUGAAAAACUCGCAAGACGAAAGAGUUUUUCGUUUUUUGAGUUGCUUCGCAAGACGAAUUUCCCUAUGGGCUUGCUUCACAAGACGAAAACGUCUUGCAAGUUUGUUUCCUUUUGGAUUUUCAAUGCAUUCCUAUGGGAAACCGUGCUUCGCAAGACGAAAAAUUCGCAAGACGAAAAAACUCGCAGAACGAAUUAAUUUCGUCUUGCGAGGCACCACUGUAUAGAUGUUAAGUCUUGUGUGCAGACAUAUUUUUUUGAUAAUAAUAAUCAAGAGUGCUACAUUCUAUGUUUGUUUUUGUUUUUUAAAAAAAGCAUGGUUCUAGUCCUUAAUAAGAUCAAAGGUGGGUGCGUGAUGAAAUCUCAGAAACCAAAAAGCAACGUUCGGAGUUAUAGGGCCAGAGUUCAGCUGGCCAGAGAGGGUGAGGUUUCUAGAUCCUUUGUUCUUUCCAUUUUAAUUUUCAAGACUUUGUCUUGCAGUUAAAAUAGCAAUCCAGUAAGAAGUAUGAAAUACAUAAAGAGAGAGAGGAAAGAAGCACAGGAGACAUGGGUGGUGUGUGUGUGGAAUAUCUCUGCACCUUUUGCACAUUAAAAAGACAUAAAUGGAUCUUCAGAAAGUCAGUGACCAUGUGUGAGCUUGCCGUAACUCAGGGCCUAGUGCAGUCCUGCAAGCUUGUUUUUCAGAACUGUAGUUAAAGCGUAGGAAGCUACCUUAACACUGAGUUAGACCCCUGGUCCAUUUUGCCAAGGGUUUCCCAAACUUGGGUCUCCAGCUGUUGUUGGACUACAGCUCCCAUCAUCCCUAGCUAGCAGGGCCAGUUGUCAGGGAUGAUGGGAGUUGUAGUCCAAAAACAGCUGGAGACCCAUGUUUGGGAAACCCUGAUGAUACAAUAAUAAUAAUAAUAAUAAUAAUAAUAAUAAUAAUAUAUAACCCGCCCAUCUGGCUGAGUUUCCCCAGCCACUCUGGGCAGCUCCCAAUUGAGUAUUAAAAACGAUACAGCAUUAAAUAUUAAAAACUUCCCUAAACAGGGCUGCCUUCAGAUGUCUUAUAAAGAUAGGAUAGCUGCUUAUUUCCUUCACAUCUGAAGGGAGGGUGUUCCACAGGGUGGGCGCCACUACUGAGAAGGCCCUCUGUCUGGUUCCCCAUAACCUCACUUCUCGCAAUGAGAGGACCGCCAGAAGGCCCUUGGAGCUGGACCUCAGUGUCCAGGCUGAACAAUGGGGGUGGAGACGCUCCUUCAGGUAUACUGGGCCGAGGCCGUUUAGGGCUUUAAAGGUCAGCACCAACACUUUGAAUUGUGCUCAGAAACGUACUGGGAGACAAUGCAGAUCUUUCAGGACCGGUGUUAUGUGGUCCCGGUGGCCACUCCCACUCACCAGUCUAGCUGCCACAUUCUGGAUUAGUUGUAGUUUCCGGGUCACCUUCAAAGGUAGCCCCAUGUAGAGCGCAUUGCAGUAGUCCAAGCGGGAGAUAACUACAGCAUGCACCACUCUGGCGAGACAGUCUGCGGGCAGGGAGGGUCUCAGCCUUCGUGCCAGAUGGAGCUGGUAAACAGCUGCCCUGGACACAGAUUUGACCUGCGCCUCCAUGGACAGCUGUGAGUCCAAAAUGAUUCCCAGGCUGCGCACCUGGUCCUUCAAGAGCACAGUUACCCCAUUUAGGACCAGGGAAUCCCCCAGACCCGCCCGCCCCCUGUCCCCCAAAAACAGUACUUCUGUCUUGUCAGGAUUCAACCUCCAUCUGUUAGCCGCCAUCCAUAUGGCUCAGUGCUGUCUGUACUGACUGGCAGUGGCUCUCUGGGAUUUGGGGCAGGGCUCCUGCCAGCAGUACCUGGGGAUGCUGAGGAUUGAAUAUGAGGCCUUCUGCGUGCAAAGCAGAAACUUCACCACUAUAGCCCAACUUUUUUUCCAAGGAGCUCAAGGUGACGUACAUAGUUCUUGUUGGCAUGCUGCUAAGGAAAUGGGGGCAAUUGGCAGGCCCUCAGCUGGCUCCAGCCCACCGGCUGGUGUGCCAGUCAAACUCCAGUCCUUGAUACAGCAUGAAUCUGUGACCUGAGCUUCAGAAGCUAGGGCACGCUACUCAGCAGAUUAAACACUGCGCAAAAAGAAGAGGCAGGAGAGGCUGUGUGAGCCUAUUUACAAGCAGUUUAUUCAGCGUACACCAGGACGAAAGGAAACAUGUCUGAUCUCCUUCGUGUCCAAAGCAAGACAGCUAAAGCAAAAGCUAUACACAAACGGAAGUUCCCAGCAAGCUGUGCUGGAGUGUAAACAGGCAUGUGACACACAACAAUCAUGCCUGUUCCUUAAGGUGGAACAGAAUAACCCAACAGUUCUCUCCCCAACCCAUUAUAUCCCCUCAACAACCCUGUGAGGUAGGCUAGGCUGGGAGUGAGUGAGUGAGUGACUGGCCCAAGAACACCCAGCAAGCUUCAUGGCCGAGUGGGGAACUGAACCCUGGCCUCCCAGGCCCUAGUCGAGCGCUUUAACCACUGCUCCACACUGCCUGUCAGCAGUCUCAGAAAGGGUAAAGGGGACCCCUGACCAUUAGGUCCAGUCGUGGCCAACUCUGGGGUUGCAGCGCUCAUCUCGCUUUAUUGGCCAAGGGAGCCGGCGUACAGCUUCCGGGUCAUGUGGCCAGCAUGACUAAGCCGCUUCUGGCGAACCAGAGCAGUGCACGGAAACGCCAUUUACCUUCCCGCCGGAGAGGUACCUAUUUAUCUACUUGCACUUUGACGUGCUUAUGAACUGCUAGGUUGGCAGGAGCUGGGACUGAGCAACGGGAGCUCACCCCAUCGCGGGGAUUCGAACCGCCGACCUUCUGAUCGGCAAGCCCUAGGCUCUGUGGUUUAACCCACAGCGCCACCCGCUGUCUCAGUACCUGGCUCCAUAUUGUAGGCCAGGGUUCCAGGCAGGGGGCCUUUCCUACCUACCUGGAGAUGAUAGAGAUUCAGCCUGGGACCUGCUGCAUGCAAAACUGAAUCUCUCCCCCUGAGCAAGCACACUGGGGGAGACUCUUGAGAGCAGGCCGAGGGGACUGAAAUAACUCCUUUUCUCCCCCAUCUUGUUCCCUGCGGCUCCUCCUGCGCUGCCUUUGCCUCUGCCUGGCGGGAGGGCUGCCCCUUCAGCGCCAAGCCGACGACUGAGGAAGUCAAGGGCUGGUCCCAGUCUUUUGACAAGUUGAUGAAGAACCCAGCCGGCAGGAACGUGUUCCGGGAAUUCUUACGGACUGAGUACAGCGAGGAGAACAUGCUCUUCUGGCUGGCUUGCGAGGAACUCAAAAGCGAGUGCAACAAGCACGCCAUCGACGAGAAGGCUCGGAUGAUCUACGAAGAUUACAUCUCCAUCCUUUCGCCCAAGGAGGUACCUGUCCGUUUGCAGCUAGAAUUGUAGACUUGGAAGGGGUCCCGUCCCAAGGGUGAGCUAGUCCCACCCCCUACAGUGCAGGAAUCUCUGCUAGAUCAUACAUGACAGAUAGCUACCCAACCUAUGCUUAAAAACUGUUAUUUGAUAAUGUACUUUAUUAUCCCAGCUCCUUCCCUCCCUCCCUCCCCGUGGCUGAUGUGUCCAUUUCCCCUGUAAUCCCCAGUAGGGCUGGACGAUGUAUCGAUACUUCAUCCAAAAUUGGUUUGAAGUCCACAUCGUGAUAACAGUUUCAUAAUAUCUGACAUGGCAAUAUUUCGCGAAUCAUGUGUGUGUGCUGUGUAAAAAACCGUGAUAUGGGGAGAAACGGCCAUCCCUUUUCUCAUGAUUCCUGCCUCCCCUGUUGCUCUGCAAUACAAAAUAACAGUCGUAACAAUUUGUUAAAGAUAAGUAAAAAUGUGUCGCUUACAGACCCCUAAGUAGAAGCGGUUUCCGGGACAUUACCCUGUUUGCUUCCUUAUUGCAGACAUUGUGAAAAAUCAGUACAGUCAUACCUCGGGUUAAAGUCGCUUCAGGUUGAGCGUUUUCAGGUUGCUCUCUGCGACAACCCGGAAGUAACGGAAUGGGUUACUUCCAGGUUUCACCACUCACGUAUGCGCAGUUGCUCAAAAUGACGUCACGCGCAUGUGCAGAAGCGCCGAAUCGUGACCCGCAGAUGCGGGUUGUGUUCUACUCAGGAUGCAAACAGGGCUCCGGAACGGAUCCCGUUCACAUCCAGAGGUAGCACUGUAUAUCGCAAUGUUUCGCUGGUGAAAACCAGACAUCGCUCAGCCCUUCUCCCCAGCAGAUUCGCUUUCCAUCUUUCCCCUAAAAGGUGUGUUGCUUCUCUCGCCCACCUGUCCCUCAGGUCAGCCUGGACUCCCGCGUCCGCGAAGGCAUCAACCGCAAGAUGCAGGAGCCGUCCUCGCACACCUUCGACGAUGCACAGCUACAGAUCUACACACUCAUGCAUAGAGACUCCUAUCCCCGUUUUCUGAACUCGGCCGUAUACAAAGCACUGCUCCAGAGCGUCUCUCGGUCAUCUUCGGAGUCCUAAGCCCCUUCCACCACCUUCAUCACUGGGGAGGAUGGGGAGAGAAGCAAAAUACGAAGUGACGGUUCUCCUUUCAUACGGCAGGUGUUAACUUUGGGGUUUUUUAAAAUAUAUAUAUAUAUGGACCUCCCACUUGGUCUUACAGAACCAAGGGACCUGAAAUGGCAUUCUGGGCCAAAUCCUGUAAAACCGCCUCAGUUCUGAACAACAAGCUGCUGGUCCAACUUACUAGGAAGUUCACUCUGUGCAAACCUGCCCCGUCUUCUUCUGCCAGAAAGGUGACACCUGCCAUCACGUGAACCUCAAAACUCAGGCCUCUGCUUUUACUACUGAAUCCGUGUUGGCAAGCUAGCUGACCACGCAGAAGAACUAAAAGUACGGAAGGAAUCGGCCAACUGGUGCAGGGAGGGGUGGGCGUCGGGAGGGGGCAAGAGAAUCGUGGGCAACAUGGCGAAAGAAAAGAAAAAGGCCAAAAUCCACAUCUUCUGAAUAUUGUUCUUCCUGUCUUUUUUCUGUUUUGUUCGGUUUUCCCUGUUUAAAAAAAAAAAAGAGCUGUUUCCGUGGCAGAUCUCAAAUGGUUCUGGUGGAAGCUUCAGUCAGACCGAUAUGGGUGUAGCAUAAGAAUAUUCUGAAUUGCACAGGUGUAGGUGGUGGUUUUUGGCCAGAGAAGAGUCCCGUGCAACUCAAAGGCUUUCUCUAUUCCCCCAAGUUGCAUUUAUUCCAGCUGGGGCCAGACCUCGGGAAGGCUUCUGUCAUCUCAGUGAUGUGGGAAAACCGAGCAGAGCUUGACCUCAGAGCUCUUGGAGGGGGGAUAGGUAGGGUUGUUGAGGAGUUCCACUGAAAGCAGACCUCCCUGGUGCAAAUCAUGGUUUUGCCCUUCCCAGAAGCAACCCGGAAGUAAACUUCCAAAUUUCCUGAGAUCCCAGAAGUGUACAGGAGGCUUCCAUGUGUUAGCAGCACAGGGGAAUUCAUAGUACGAUGACGUGUUUGUCCUACAGAGAUUCAGGAGGCCUUUGGUGGUGGAGAUGCUUUUUGGAGCCCAUCAGAUUCUGGGAGGUGUGAGGCUCUGGAACUGAGACCUGGUUUUCGAAAGGUAAAGGAAAUGUUUGACAGGUGGAAAACUGGGGUUCCAUCUUAUUCUUUUGGGAGCAGACUUGGAUGGAGAAGGAAACUUUUCCGCUGGGCCACAGCACUCCGUGGCAUAGCAGUCAUGCCAAGAUGAGGCCUUGAGCCUCUGAAGGCUGUUGCUUUCAUGUCCUGCUUUUGAGCUUCCUGGAAGCAUCUGGUUAAGCAUGGAGGAAGCAGAAAGCUAGAACAGAUGGACCGUUGGUUUGAUCCAUCUGGUCUCUCCUCACUGUACAUGCUAGAGCAGAAUGGAGUAGCUCAGUCGUGCCUGUUGGAGGAAGACAGAGCAUCUCCUCUCUCCAGCAAUUCAACAGCAGAAGUAGGCAGAGUGAGUGAGAUAGGACUAUGGGAUAUGGGAUGGGGUGGCCCGUCUCAGAGGCUGGGUUGCUUAGCAACAACCUCCAAGGAAGCCUAAAGGUCAAGGUGUCACACACGCCUCUCAGAUAGGGCUGUGGUUCCUUUUAAUCAGAAUUGCAGAGUUUGAAGGGACCCUGAGGACCAUCUAGUCCAACCCGCUGCAAUGCAAGAACCUCAACUAAAGCAACUAGGGCAGGUGGCCAUCCAACCACUGCUUAAAGACUCCCAGAAGGAGUCCAUUCCACUGUUGAACAGCUGUUGCCGUCAGAAAGUUCUUCCUCCUCUUUAGUCAGAAUCUCCUUGUAACUUGAAGCCGUUGGUUCUGGUCCUGUCCUCAUAGGAGCAGGAGAAAACCAGCUUUCUCCAUCUUCCAUGCGGCAGCUCAUUAGAUAUUUGAAGAUGGCCAUCAUAUCUCCUCUCGGUCUCCUCUUGAGGAGAGAGGCGUCCCACCAGAUUUGGUUUCUCCCAUCCUACCGUUGCAGUAACAGGAGAAGCUGUAUCCACAAAAAGGGAGAGACGCUUCCUUGGUAGAAACUCCUUGCAUGGCCCUUCCUGUUCUGUUCAUGCAGUGUUUCCAAAAGUGAAACCCUCACCUGAACUAUGCCAGGUCCCAGUGGGCAUCUGCCUGGGGCAAUGCCAAUUUGUGGACUCUUCCUCACAUUAGAUGUGCAGCUGGUUUUGUGUCUUCUUCCAUCAAAGAUGGGACACCCUCCUUUUGUUCUUCUUUUUCCCCCCUUCCAUGAUCUCAAAAGCUUAUAUUGUUUGAUGGUGGGUGCCACAAUUGGAGCUUAUGUCACGAACCGCAGCCUGUUUGCCACGGCCUCUUCCGAAAGAUGGGCGUGGGUGCCUGUCGAAAUCAUGCUUUCAUCAAGCCACAAUAUGCAAUGAAGUUGAGGCCUCUGUGUCGCAGCCACCCCACACCGAUGUUGGGAGAGCCAGUAAGAUUUGAGCUCCUUCUCAACUGCCUUUUGUUUGCAGUUCUCUCGUUUCUGCCUGGUAACACCUGCACUUCGUGAAACUGGCCUUGGAGAGUCUUAAAAGGAGCAACUGGGUUUCCCCUUUCCCUCUUUCCACACAACACUCAGAGGGCACACGUUCGCAUCAUGGCAGGCUUCACACACACAACAAACCCUUUUUUGACCUGUGGAACUCUCUUCCACCAGAAGUAAUAAAGGCCAGUUGUGUCAAUUGAGGAUUAUUAUUUUUUUACAGGUGCGAGAAAUAUGAGAAUUGCAGCAAGUGACCUCAAGUAAUUACAACAGUGUGAAUAGGCUGAGUGUCUUUAAUUCUGGAAAGGAAAUGGCACUUUGCGAGAGAGUACUGUAGCUCUGUUAGGAUACAUCUUUCCUGAUUCAGACUGGACAGAUCAGUUCUGACUCUUGCAUUGAUAUAGAUGUAGUGACAACAAAAUCUUUCUCUUGAGUGCCAGUUCCUACAUACUGGUGUGUUCAUGGAAUGCAGAGGUUUGCAGAAAUGCAAAAAAGAAUUAUUAUUUUUUUAGGAAAAGAAAUGAGGGACAACUCCAAAACAGCUCAAGGAGGGCUGAAUAUGCUCGAUUGGACUGGAAUGCUGUGUGUUGUAGCAUGGGGAACUGAAAACAGAGUGAAUGCAAUUGAAUAUCCAGGAAGGAAGCAUGGCUGGGUAGCUGGAACACUUAAGACGGAAGGAUUCCAUACUGCAACAUUUAAUGCAUAUAUUUUUGGCAGAUUCCUCUUGCACAGCAUAAUUACGAGGUGCUUUGUCUUCUACUCACAGCAACCCUGUGAUGUAGAUCAUUCUUAUUCCCAUUUCAUAAAUUGAAAACUCAAAACAAGGCGGCAAGUGCCUCAUCAGCACCCAACUCUCUUAAUGGGCGGCAAAAGUCAUGGUGCUUCUGUGAGUCUUGUCCCUUUGGGUUAAGGAAUAUGGCUAGUGUUUGUGCUGUGCAUUGAGUGGGAAAGCCAAGAGGUGAAGUUGUGUCACGGUAACUAUAGGGGAAAAUAAAAUUCCCCUGUAGGUGAUGUUGG